GUCUUCACUAGGUUGUUGGACGAGUGUCUUCUACUUUCCUAUUCAGAGGCAAAAGAGUGAAUUAGCUACACAAGAUGUCUGCGUCUGGCUGCAGGUCCAAGUGUGCUCGCCCAGCCGUUCUUGCCGGAUGCGUAGGCACUCCUUUGGUUGGUGGAUUUGAAAAGAAGCAGCACAAAACGACGAUGGAGGUCAAACCAAAUGCGGAGUUUCUACAAGUAGACGAGCCAUAUUUUAGCGAGGAGGUGGUCACAGAUGCAGCCGGUCGAGAUGGGGCAGGAGCAAUGAGUAUGCCCGAAGGUGCAGAGAGCAUGCUCGAGCAUACCAAGAUGCUACUAACUCCUGCAGCAGGACAGAAGGCAACGGAGAAGGCACGCAGGGCAAUGGAGAGGGCAACGGAGAAGGCAAGCAGGGCGGUGAAGAAGGCGCGCAGGGCAAUGGACACGGCAAACCAGGCAAUGCAGGAUGCAAUCGGGGAAAUGGAGCAGACAAUCAAGGAUAUAAAGGAGAGAAACGAGGCAAGCAAUGAGUUAGCUUGGACGGUGUCCCAAGUCGCUACAGCUCCACCACAAUCAGCUGCGCCAGAUGAGGGCCAAGAACACGGCGGUAGCUGAUAUAGAUAUAUUUCAUCUUAAGGACCUUAUCGCGAAGCGAGUAUCAGUUUUCCUUUUUUUAUUUCAUCCUUUUCUUCUCUCUCUCUCCUCUGGAAACCCGUACGAAGCCACACUAUUUGGCGACCAUCAUCAUCACCAUCACCAAGUUGAACAGGCGCCACCUCCUUCUUCCACCAUUUUACUCCCAUGCCUUAUGCAUGGAUGGCGGAACUCUGUUCGUUGAUUUUUAGCAGUCCUGAGAGCUGCGCGCGGCCGGUUCAUCUUCACCCUGGGCCUUCUUGCUUUUGGUUUUGUUGUUGUUGUUGUUGUUGUUGCUGUCGAAAGCUAUCAGCCUACCGGGAGCUUCUUUGAGCGCUGAAACUGCUAGCUGUUGCGCUUGUUGACUUAGCGCAACAGGAUCAGCCAUCCAAUUAGCCGACCAGUUUCCCUCCACCACUACUAAGCUACAACAAACACGCGAUCGACUUCAGGCGUGGGAUUGAAAUUAAAUGAAGUAAGUGCCAUGCUGGUUAUGUACGUGUUGCUUAAUGCUUGUUUAUUUUAUGUAGUGCGCUCUUCGUGAUCUUCGUCGCGUCUCAUUGCUUUGGUGCUUCUCCUCCAUCGCGACAAGGCUGCAACACUGAGCAGAAAGGUCAUAUUUUCACUUUAUGCGUUGCUUUGUAUAAAAUUCAUAAUCAGUUGUUAAGAUGAGUAAAGGUCUAGGCACUUCGUGGGAAGAUCGGUCUGAUUCUUGUAAGUCGGUAUGGAUUCUUAAAUGAUAGCACGCUGGAAGGCUGGCAACUGAAAAUAAAUGGCGCAAAGGUCGCGAGUCGGUCAUACUGAACUGAGAGCGAAUGGCAAGACGAUACAUCUGCGUCGGUUGUAGUGAGGAAAGUGCACAGCUGUGCCUGAAUGUCACGGGCCGGCUUGUGAUGUGUUAGCUUCCAGACAGAUCGGCGCGCAUGUGUGUAGGAGUGUGGUUUCGUCUUCAGUUAGAAGCGAAGACGAGCGGACUCUUUGACGAAAGAAGUAGGCGCAGACUACAGGUUUUGACAUCUAAAGAGUCUGGGACCAGUAGCCUGCCCCCCCUUUUUUGAAACAUACAAUCACCAAAAAACUUACCUUACUUUCCUCACAAGUUACUUACGCACAAGACAGCCGCCAACUAGUCUUGAAGUUAACUUAAAUUGACUGCGCGUAAGUUGCGCUUUCUUUUAUUUUCUUUCUUUUUUCCUCUCUUUCUUUUCGGAAGCAGAACCUUUUUGCUGUCCAAAGAACUAAGCUUUUUGCUCUUCUUUAAUAAAGUCUAUGUGAAACUGAACCUCCUUUAUUGAAUAAAGGAGGUUCAGUCUCACAUAGACUUUACGACUACACUUUAUAACUUAUGAUUACACUUCGCAGAUUCUGCACAGUUCAACUAAGGGAAAGCAUGGCUUUUCAGUUCUUAGACAAUUGGGCACCAGGCCAAGCCGCGUCAUGCUGGGACGAAAGUAGUGCGAUGAUCGAGCUAUGCAAUGUUGGAGGCUUCAGCAUGCUUGACGGUCUUGAGUGCAGAGACAAUCUAGAUAGAGAUAGCUGCUUCAGGGUGAUGAGUUACUUGCCUGCCCCACAAGCUUGGAAGAUGUUCCUUUUUUCAAAACAGUUCCCAUCGUUCAACAUUUUUACUUCUUGCAAUACAAAUACUCGCGCUCUGACGUCAUUCGAACGACAGGGACGACUCGCAGCGAAACCUAACGCCAACGAAUUCCCUUACCUACGACAAUAGAGAAGCCAUCGGGCCUGUGUGUUCAGAUAUCAACGCUCGAGGCUACUGUGUGAAUAGAGACGCAAAAGAAUGGAAGUGCGUAAGUAACAAAUUGCGCAAGACCUUACUCAAGUGCAGAGCGGGGCGCCACACUACGACGACUGAGGGCUAUUGUUUUAUCUACAAACUUAGCCGCAGCUGUGGACAGCACUACAUCGGUGCUGCGCAUCUACCAAGGCGAGAAACAUACACUAAAGCGACUGCAAAUUAAUAAGAGCAGUAAGCUAGUCAGCAAAAGAAUAGUAGCAGACGCUGACGGGAAGUCUCGCGAAACUCCCCUGAGUGGACGACUUGCGGGCCACGCCUCGUCUAUCGAAACACUACAGGGUAGGCAAGCGGAGCCUUGCACUCAUCUGAAAACUUAUCAGACGCAUUCUGUUGCAAUAGGACCCAUUUAGAUUUUUAAGACGAAAGAAGCGCGAGCCAAUCUUUGGAAAGUUAGCCCUUACAACAGCUCGCAAAUUUUAGAAAGUUUCAGCAUUAUCUGUCUUCGCUCUUACUGGCCAUUCGGACAUAGCAUGGAGCUUCUCGAUGUUGCCGGUGGUUCGGGGAACAAGAUAAGACCAAAAGAGCACCUAGAUAGCUGCCCUUAUAGGGUACCGAACGAAAACGCUGACGACUGUAGGAAUGAACAAGCAAGGAAAGCAAGAGCAGAGCUUUUUAAACGCAAGGCAAGCCAGUCGCCAUUCUUCGACUGUGCCAAGCUGGAUGGCCAGCGAGUUGGUUUAACCUUCAGAGAUAGCUUACGAGCCACGAGCAAGAUGCGCAAUAGCAUAGCCUUUGCAUAUUUACAAUUACACUGCGGCACGCACCUAAAAGCCAACGCGCUAGCUUGGUCCCUGAAAGAAGUGAAACGUGAGAGCAUUAAAGUAGAAGCCCUACGCGAACACUUCCAGCAGAGCGCUGGCGCCCUAGAAACAGAGGCCGAAGACGGUAGCCGAGCCAAGCAGUUGAGUCAAAGAGCUUUUUUCUCAAAGAGAACUAGUCUGCGAGCAGUAAGAGCUAAUAACAAUCAGAGUGAGUCUGAGGUGGAGGCUAAGUAUACAGCCGAAGACCUCGCUGACAUUUUGCGCAUGGCCUUUCAUGCCUUGCCAACCCUUGAAGAAGUGCGCUGGUAUUAUCCGAAAGAGUGGGCAUAUGGCCGCGCUAUGCUCUCUUGCAUGGACUGGCUAAGUAACCUAGUCAACGCUGUAGAGAAGAAAUGCUUAAAAGUGAUUGCAGAUAGAGCGACCACUUGCCAGCCCAUGCGCACUCAUGGCAAGCGUCUGCUCCUUGAGCUCUGCUCCUAGAAAUAAGACUACGAACUAAAACCAGCACAGGCCUAGUUAGAAAGAAAAACAGAAGCGGCACGGUGCUAGACUUUCACUUUUCCACUGUUAGACUACUUGACUUACGUUCCUGCUUUAAGAUACUUAGAGAGAGUUACCGCCUUACUUUUAAGUACGGCGCGCCUUCGCGGAUGUCGGUUUAUAGCCACACAGUUAACUUAAGCAGCUUCUUGCCAAGGCCACAGACUUAGAGUGUAGGCGUAGGCACUAUUGGGGGAUCCUGCCAGAGGCUUGCUGUCAAGCCGGACGCCUAGUCCUACCAGCCAACGCGAGCAACAUUAGCAAACUUCUGAGCCCCGAACUUCGACACUUAGCCUCUAGCGAGUUGCUACACCUGCUUAGGCCUAGCUCCCGCAUUGGGCAUGCCUUCGACCUCAAGCGCCUGCUUAGUCUGAUGGCAUACAGUGAAGCAAAUGCUAUCGAUGUAGAAAUGUUUCGCAUCGACGUCAGAGACCUAACAGCUGCACUACGCGAGCGCUGGCUAGCCGAAGCAACUAGGGACAAGCACAGCCCUCAGCUCGUAACGGAAGCGGAACAGCCUAGACAAUCUAAGUUAAGGCAUCUCCAGGAAUGCGAACGAAAGAAAGCGGAACCGACUAGAAAACCCAACUACGUCGAUGUCUAUGGGCCUGCGCUUGAAGUCGUGGCAAAGUUACGCUACGGAGGACACCAUCGCGCAUAUAUGCAGAUAUGGCCGCCUGUCUGUCUGUAUAUAUGUGCAGUAGUUUGAGUUCCGUACUAGUGCCAGAAGACUUGGGGCUACUUAAGUUCUUACCUGUAGAAAAACACAAUUUACAAGAAGGACUCAAGAAAGCGGCAGUAAGUGCGCGCACUGCCGAGAGUUCUGCAGUGGAAAUUAGACCACACGCAGCCAAAACUAACGCCAACGCUAGCGCGGCCACUAGAUACAGCAACGGAGACGAAGUCUUUGAGCGCAAACGGCAAGCAUGUAGCGACUCGAUGACGAUCAGGGACUGUCUGCUAGCCAGUUUAGGAACAGACACACUUCGUCCGGCACAGGAAAGAGCAGCUCGCUUACAGGCAAUUACUCCCACGAUCCAGGCCAUCAGCUGACAAAUUAUGCCAUCCGUACUACUACUGCGGCCUCACUUGGACUUCACGCGCCACAACCUGUUCGAGUCUUACACGCCGAGCAGCCGAAAACAUCCCUUGCCGUGGUUGGACAACGACGGACGCACCCAGCGCGAGCCAAUCACCAGCAAACGACUACGCUGCGAGCCACCACUACGACUGGCACUAGUAGGCUAUCUUAAAAGCGAGCGCGGGAUCGACAUUAUCGGGAAAGUUGUAGCGGCGCGUGCUAUACAACACAACCCGACUACCAUGCACAAAAACGGCGCGGCUUCUGCUAAGCCAUGGAGUAGCCAGCUAACACCGGACGACUACCAAGAAGCCUUAGCCUCGCAGGCCGAAACUGAAGAGGCAUCUAACAAAUGCGGGCGCGUUUGUACCGAACGCAGAGAGUCGAAGCCAAUACCGGACAGACAUCACUUCGAACGAUUGCUCGGCAAUGCUAGUAAUGAUUCGAGCCAUUUUAUCGAAAUGCUUCAGAAUCUGCUCAAGGAUAGAUCUGACUACGCCGCUGCCCAACAGUCACAACAAGAAGACUGCCUAGUGCUGACCUAUCCCGGCGAAUACAUCGACGACGACGACGAAGCAGACGCGUUCGCACUCUGUGAAGCGGCUGACGAAGGGCUUGAACCUUUUGAGCGCGAAGACAGCAGCAAAGGCGCUCCUGCAUGUACAUCGACGCACAGUGACCUGCCGGCGUCCUCUGUAGUAGUAAACGAGCCGACCAGCAUGCAGAACGAACGUAAAUUAAUAGCAACUGUUACAGCAGAUGACGGAGAUUGGGCCCUCGAUGACUGCAAGCGGGGCGCGAUAAUAAUGAUCAAGAAUCUCAGCACCUUCUUGACCCCUGAGCUGAUGUAGUCAGUAAGUCUGAAAUAUUGCAGACGCCAACUUUUUCGCCGUUAUGCGUAUUGUCCAGCGCAGUGAUGCAAACCAUGCGCAAAUCACAGCUCGUAAGGUCCAUGAUGCAGUGGACUGCGCAAAGCGUUCCUUUAGGUGUGCCUGGGAACAUAGUUGCCAAGUGUAGUCGACUUCAACUUAGACAAUGCGACGCAUUGGCUGCCGAGGAGGAAAAGGGAGCGCUUAUCAGCGCUGGCGUGCGAGUGCCACUCUCGAGCUAUGCGCUCGAAGUACCACACUGGGCGUCCGCCGUUGCCAGCGAAUUCCAACACGACGCCGCUGUUGGAAAAAGUGCUAACGCCUCGACUAGUGCACGUGAUCACGAGCAAACACGACACCAGUGCGGGCUGAGUUUUGCAGUGGAAAACGAACUAGCCUGACCCUGAGCCACCUCUCGCUCCCAAUGCGGGCAGAAGCUCCCAACCGAGCUGCACUGUUAUGGGAGAGGUGAGAAAAGAAGUCGCAGCACAUCAACUAUAGUCUCUUCAACGAUGCAGCGACCAAUGUCUCAUCUGAUGAAGUCCUCGGAGACCUGUGCCAUGUGUAUGUGACGCGGUACUCAGACAACGACAUGCACAGCCAAGACAGUCACUCGCGUAAUGAUAAAAGCAGCUAGCGGAAGGACCCAAGAAGCACACUUCGGCGACGCCCGGACUACCUCCAAAGGGAGCAAGUCGUGGCCUCGAUAUGCUGAACAGCGGACAGCUGAGGCGAGUGAUUCUCUGGAUAUUGUCAACGGAACAGCUAGCCCAUGCUUAAAUAGCGACGCCCCUGCUGUGUCUUCUUCAUCCGGUGACGACACGCAGGAAGAGCCGACUGAUAGGCAAGAAAGUGCUGAAGAGUCAGAAUCUGAGGACGGCCACCCAGACGCGCACGAAGUAACUCCGGGACUGUCAGGGAAUGCACGGGUGCCAUAUGUAUCCGAGUGCGGUGGUAUCGAAUCAGCAACGGGCUACGGUUUAGCAAUGAAAAAAGACGCAAUAGCAGCUCUGUUGGCGUAUGACUCACAACGAAGCACCAAAACACUUCUCCAGUCUAUGAGGACCGGCGCACAACGCAGCAACAAAACACCUCCCCGGCCUACGGACGCUAAUCGUAACAGUGUACAAAUUAACUUCGAGUCUGGGGGACGCUCGACCGACAAUAACCUGGCCGAGUUGUAGCAUCGAGCGCAGUGCGAGGCUGGCUGACAUACGACACGAUGGGGCGGCACCUGAAAGAAUCCCGUCAACAGUAGGCGGCCAAAACGCAGUGGCGUCAACGUGUAAGCAAGUACCUCGCACCGCCACCGAAGCGGGUGAUAGCGAUGGCAUGAAGAUGCGCACUCGGAUUGAUUUUGAAGCUGGAGACAUCGCGAAGCGGUCAGCGAGCAGCGAAGAAGAAAAUGCUACGACCACAGACACCAAUGGUGGCACUGUUUCCGCCAAUUCCGUAACCAAUCGCGCCUCGACCAACAAGCGACGUGUGAGACGACGCGAGGAACGCAGACCAAAGCCAGCGCCAGGAAGUUAAUCGGUCGGAACAACCUAGAUGCUGCCAAACUAGUCAAACGACUGCCAAUUAGACUUGUCCAGUAACUGGCGAAGCAAUCGCGCCCGCACUACGACAGCUGAAAAAGCUCCCACGGAAAGAAGAGACUAAUGAAGUGCGGAGUUGCAGACAGCGACCAGCUUCCACAAUAGCAGAAACGGAACAAGCUAACAGAGCACACACUAACCUAAGUUAGUCGCAAAUGCUGUCUCCGCGGUUACUACGAUCAAGAGCAACGAUAAGACGACAAGCAACAACGCCACGCGACGACUCUACCGCCACCACCGCCAAGGCUGACUCGACGAAAGGUCCUCCCGCUCCCACCGCCUGAACGCAAGACGGGGCCACCUGAAGCGCAACGGCAUAAGCCGUACGUUACGCGCACAGCGGCCUAUCUUGUCUUACCGACGGGCAGUUCCGUGAUUUUCUAGUGGAUUCGAGCAUCAGCGCGGCCGCUUCCAAGUGUCGCCCCUCCAAUGAGCUGCCUACAUUCAAGGAUCCAGAACGACCACCACAAUCCGAGCCGUUUGCUAGUCUUUUCAAAUCUCGGGCGCAAGUGGAGGCUAUCUACGGUGAUAGCUGAAAGGGCAUCGCAGUAAGUGGACCAGCAACCAGGCUGAUGGAUAUGAAUCUCACAAGUUGCGACUUGUCGAAAGUAAAGGGCGACGCGAACUACGACGACGAGCGGUCUGCCUCUACCAACUCCAGCACGCUUUUCCUCAAGUUUCCGAAAGAAUGCGCCUCACGUUUGUACGGCAAACGAAUCCAAAUCAAUGGAAUCAACGAAGACUAUUCGGCCAGAGCAAGUCUCGCUGGAACCCGAAGCGCGAUGUCGUUGCGAUGCCGAAUACAGUCGGCUUCAACAUCCUUGGCGCAGUGGUGGGCAAAAUGCCUCUUGAAAUUGCGCCCAAGCUCAAAGUUCAAUCAUAAGUUUCCAGGGGCGAAACUUAUUGCGAGUGGUUCUAUUAAUACGAGCACGCUAGCAGAUGCCUCUCCUGGCAAGACUUCAGCAAAGGGCCGGCAAAUGCACCCUGUCGACGUAGAGGAUGACGCACAUACUGAACGACAGUCGUUGGAAGCGGACUUAGCCAAUCUACGCACAGUGCAUGUGCUGGCCGAGCCACCAUCUUGGGCCCCGCGUUGCCUUGUUAAUGCCAUGACUCGGGGAAUGGAUCGACGUCGAAGAAUGCGCAUCAGAGAGGAAAUAGUAGAAGAAAAAGAUGGAGCCAGCGUGUCUACACUCAGCAGUAGCGUUUGCAGUCGGAGCGUGCAGGACCGUGACAGAAUAACUGUGGGCAGAGACCUAAGGACGAAACAGGACACCGCCGGCGGCACAGCGCAACCGCCAAGCGACACAGCGGAGUGUCAUAGCCUUGGCAUCAACAUAAGUAAGCCGGAGGCCGACUUCCAGCCCAACACAGCUACGACCGAAAGCUGCAGUUCUCGGCAAGCAGCAACAAACACGAAAAUUGCACUAAACGGUAUGGCGAGCGCUGUGCCUUUGCUGUGCUUCAACGGUAGCAGACAUGUACGGACGCAAGCGCGACGCAGUCUCUUCAUGAGCAGCCUACCUGUCUUCGAAUGUGACAGACGUAUCCGCGAAAAAGUCAAAACUCACAGGCUACGUCUUGGACCACUCGCCACGGCCUCCAGUGGGCCUCCCUCGGAAUCGCUCUACGUGGACGGAGCUUAUGAAGGGCUUACGAGAUGGCUCUGCGUGUGAAAUGGAUAGUCUACGGGAACGCCCACAGCAGACGCAGCACGCAGCGGGCACACGUGUCGAGUGUGACUCAGCGAAUGAACGUAGACUAGCAAUGGACGGCGCGCGUAAUAAUGAAGUGCGCAGUUUCUGGCCGAAGCAGUGGAGCACCGCGGUAAAGCCAAUCGAAGCCAAACACCGCCAGCGAGUUACGGCUUUGCACUGGGCUCGUGAAAGCAAGAGACGCGACGGCAUCGGGUUGCAGGCCGGAAAAAGGGCAACAGCUCUACACGCGAUGGCAGAGGAGCAUGGGGCAGACGCUAGUCAAGCCCCCGCUUCUGCAACAACUUUGCCCUUAUGUGAUGAAGAGGAUGGGUGGAACGACACGGGGCGGAUGUGCUAUGGCGUAGGUUUUGUAAACCAUCGAAAACGCGUAGACGAGCCGACGCGCGCCAUGGCUGCUACGACGACGGGGAAUGGGAGAGCGUCAUCUGACGACGGUGCCCCCGUCAACAGUAGCAUGGAUGCAGCUAACGCAAAACCCCGGCAAGGACUCCAACUAGAUCACGAGUCUGGUACGUGCGGCAGCGCCGGCAUGACUGUAAACGAAAUUAAGCGAAAAGUGGCAGAUACACUGGCAGCGUUCGGAAUGAACGACACACGUAGCAGUGGGCUGCGCCUUAGCGAGAGGCUAGGCGCAAGUAGCGGAAAACGCAGCAACCGACGACACAGCGAGAACAUGGCGCAGCGACGGUUACAGACGCUGCGCAAAGUUAAAAACAAACUCGCGCACGCAAUGAAUCGCCAGAGCGGUUAGAGGUCGCGUGGUGCUUGAAAUUGAGUGCCAUGAUCAAGCUGCACGACAUCAACGGGGAUGACCCUAGACGAGUUCAGCCCAGCAGUAGGCUAAUAGCAGCAACCGAGCGGCCUAGCAAAGACAACGCAGCAGCGCAACACUUGCCACCCAACGCUUGUACAGAUGACACAUCUGCGCGCUCGUAUAAGACGGCGCCCGCGAGCUAUGUCGACUUAAAUGGCGAACGUUGUUGCCUUGAAUCCGUGCAGCUUAUCGUGGUUGAUGAACGAGGACGGACGCGACGUAAGCCAGCUGAACUCAGUGAGCAGAAAAGGAAGAUGCGGGCCAUGAUGUGGGCGCUUAAAUUAAGGCACAGAAAAGCCUAACCCUUUACACAGCCCAUGCUUCUCAUUCCCCUUUUACACAAGGGGAAUCCAUACUGGGUCGCUGGCGUAAGGUUGGGCUUUUCUCUUCGCUAAUUAAAGCAAAGCGAGCCCGCACCAAACAACUGGCUAUGCGAGCGGUCCAAGUGAAGCAAAGCAUCGGACUCGGAAGACGUAGACUAGCGAUGAAUGGCGCGCCCCUUGUGGAUUCCAGCCGGACGCGUGGCCGACGACGUAACUGAAAAAAUGGCACGCGUGUGCUCAGGAAAAUGCGGGCCAACCGUCCGCAGAGUAGUUAUGACUUAAAACCAUGUAGCUGCAAAGAAGCUCAGCCGGAUAGGGCCGUGACUGCGACAGUGAGACGCUCCGCUACAACGACAGGGGGCAUCCCCUUGCAGCGGACAGUGAGUGGCGCGCUGGAACGCGAAGCGUUCCCACAACAAAGCUUGUCGAUCCAAAAAGGGCAGCACGUUCGCAGCGGUGAAGCAAGCGAUCGCCUAGUAGUCUCGGAAGCAGGUGCGACUAGUGAAACGUCUCAGAGUGUACUUACAACCUCGCAGAACACGAACCCGAGCGCCUUAGUGGCGAACAAUAAUAAUACGGCCACAACAUCUGCCAGCCCCCUGAAGCGUCAGCCUGGUAGCUCGAAGAGGAAACGUAGUUCGCGCGGAUAGAGCAGGAAACUGUGGGCGACAUGCUCAGAAACGAGCCGCGCCGUGUUCAGCAAUAUGCUGUCAUCAACCUGCAAGCGUGUCGGGACAUCUACAAGGGGGAAACUGAUGGAGCUGAGCCUCGCGCUUCAACGAAAAACUGGCCGAAUGCAAAAGCGUAUGGGAUUUGCCAGAAGUGCCGUCAUUUGCUGACGACGAACUGGCCAGCCCUGACCCAGUUGAGAACCCAACUUUUUUGGAAGUGCAGUGCGAUCGGGUGCGCGAGCUGAUGAGGAUGGCUGAACUAUACGAGAUAGCGCCGCACUUGAAGACCAUGGAAGAAGGAGAAAAGAAGUCUAGCAAUGAAGACAAAAGGGAGAAGCUCAGAGUGCCUAGCUAUUAUUUAGUCUGUAAACUACACGCACUUCCACUCCCUUUCUGGAAAUGUCGUUUCUCGAGUGGGGUUACUAUAGGGACGCACGGGGGUAGGGCUGGUUUUCUUGUGAACGUGCUGAUCAGGGGAGUUGCGUUCUAUCUGAAAAAGAGAGUACUAAAAAACUACUGGGCCACUGAAUCCCCACAAGAAGCUGCUAGAAGGGUUAAGGAAGGUGGCUCUAGGGAGUAUUGGGCGCAUGAUUUUUCCAGACUGCAUACAGCUCUUGAUCGUCGCCUUAUGAUUGCCACACUUGGCCGAGCAAUCGACCUGGUUUGUGAACACUCUGGAGCCACUGCCAUGCGUUUGAUGAUGAUCGUUGACAAAAAUGGCACUCGAAAACAGAUUGCCGCUCCUGUCGGCGUCAUGGAAAUCCCGCAACGUGAGCCAUGCGGCACUGAUUCAGUUGCGUACAUUUCCAAACGUCGAGUAAAGGCUUUGGCCAAGUGGACAACCACGGCCAGCAUGUGCGAACCAGGUGGCCGCUUUUUCUUACAGAAAGUCGGUCUGCCUAUGGGUGUAUCCCCAGCACCCACAUACGCUGAGCUAGUGUUAGGCCUCAUGGGAUGCGUAUUCAUGAGUUACGACGCCGGGCGGGUGUGUCGCCAUUUGUUGACCUGUCGAUACGUAGACGACCUGUUGAGCUGUAAAGAGUUACCGAUAGAGUUGAUUUUGAUAUACCCAAGUCAGCUACGGGCGACGAUAGAAACUAAAGGGGCUACAGCUAAGUCUUUUCUAGACUUGCAGUCGGGCUCAUCCCUCGGCAAAGUGCUGUCCCGCGUGCAUAACAAGACGCACGGUCUUGGCUUCCACGUGCCUAAAUACACCUUGGCCCAAAGCACGGCUGACCCCCAGAAAACGCAAGCAAUUAGUGAGCGUUUAAAACAUGUUUCAUCACUUGCGUUUCUAGUAUAGACUCUCAGCGGAAAAUCUUCAGUAGCAUGCACUGGGAGAAUCGUGCCCAUAUGGAUCGCACCGCUGAAGGGGCUUGCGCCCCUGGUGGUGGAUUCCGCAGCGCCUCUGCCCUUCCACGCGAUUCCUGGCGCGAGGAUGUGCUGCAUAGCGCCGGAGCACCUUGCGCGUGGUGUGCGUGUGUUUGUAGCGUCGGCGACCUCCGUUGCGGCCAGAGGCGCGUCGCUGGCCCUCUCCAGUUUCUCGCGUCUCCCUUGGGCGCUCAGGUUCAGGCACUGCUCCCGGAGCUAGGUCCGCGGAGAGAAAGCGAGUCGCGCUGGGGCGCCCCGGCCUGGAUUCCUUGGCUGAUGCGAUGGGUGUGGCAAUUGUUAUGCCAUUGCGAGCGCCCUCGCGCAUGCGCUUUUCCUGCUUGUGGGGCAGGAGAGUGGUUGGAGCUGCAGAGGGCCUCAGGCAUUUGCCAGUCUCAGGACCCGGAAAAGUCUGGCGUCUGCGUCAGACGCCAGGAUUCUCGAGCGCCUAAGAAUUUCUGAGACCUGGCAAAAGUCUGGCGUCUGCGUCAGACGCCAGGAUUCUCGAGCGCCUAAGAAUUUCUGAGACCUGGCAAAAGUCUGGCGUCUGCGUCAGACGCCAGGACUUUCCCGGUACGGCUACCGACCCAGUGCACCCCACUGGGCCGGUGCCCGUACCCGUAAAACACCUGGCGUCUGACGCAGACGCCAGACCUUUGCCAAGUCUCAGAACGAAGUGAGGCGUGGCGCGAAAGUCCGAGCGUCUGCCGCACAGCUAAGCUCUCGGGGGCACGAUGAAACUGCGACUCCGCACUGCGGCGCCCGUCGUGGCGCUAUCUGUAGCUUCGUCUACAGGUCCGUAGUUGGACGCAUCGGCCGGCGGGCCCUGCAGCCGUGCUUUUGACUCGGGGGGGGUUCACCUGGCAGGCUCGCGUGGCAGCUCUUCGGCCUCUUGCUCUCCGGGGUGUCUGGCCGUGCCUUCUCGUUGGAGUCACAGUUGGUGCGCUGAUGGGGCUUGUCGUUGUUUGCCUGGGCGGCCGGACUGUCUGGUGUCUGUGCGUGGUCAGGGCAGCGCGAAUUUUGUCCUGAUCGCGAGAGGGGUAACGCGUCCAUCCUCGGAGGUUUAUCGUUUUGAAACUAAGGGGCGCCCGCCUAGCUUGAUGGCCCUCUGGGCCGCGGGGUUGCGGUGCUCUGCGUCUACAGCUGUAGUUAGCCCAUUUGCCUCAGUAUCCCUUACUGAAGGUUUUCCGCUGAAAAUGCAUGCAUUUCCCCAAGUCAUGACAUGUUUUAAACGCCGUUCAUGGAAAGAAGAGAGAACAAAACGCAAGUCUUUGUAGGCUUUUAUGUUGGUUUUCGAUGGGCCAGGAGUGGAAAGACCCUAUUAAAGCUCCCGCAUUCUUUGUGUAGCUCCUUGUGGAGCAGUUGAUGAUGUUUCUUUUCUUCGUUUUAGCUUCUUGGGAAGCAGUUAAUAGUUCUUUUCGUGUUUCUUCUUUGUUUAUUACGUCACUUUACAGUGACGCUGUAUUGCGGUUCUCCUUGUGCCGUGCCUAGGGUCUCACGACCCUCGGUUUCUUGUUUCAGUUUGUCGUUGCUGGUUCAGUGGAGAUCUCGUUGCUGUCGUGUUUCUUGCUCGCUUUGGCAGGUUUCCGCUUCGUGCGUGCGGGCAGCUUGUGCUGGGCCGUACUACUGCUUCGCUUUGCCGGUUCCGAAGCCUCGCUGUGCGAGCACGCUGUGUUAGUUCGCUUCAUGCUUUCGGCUUCGGUCUGCGACCGAUCACGUUUGUACCUUCCGGCAACGAGAUCGCCUACAGCAACAUGUCUGCAUCGUGUCACUGUUUCCCCCACCUUUCUCUAAAACAUCCAUGAGUGAGCGUUUAAAACAUGUUUUAAACGCCGUUCAUGGAAAGAAGAGAGAACAAAACGCAAGUCUUUGUAGGCUUUUAUGUUGGUUUUCGAUGGGCCAGGAGUGGAAAGACCCUAUUAAAGCUCCCGCAUUCUUUGUGUAGCUCCUUGUGGAGCAGUUGAUGAUGUUUCUUUUCUUCGUUUUCCCACCCACCCUCUUCCGUGGGAGCAAACCGGACGUCGGUUUGAAGGCUCGUUAGCUCCAGGCCUCGGUCUAGAGUUACCCUUCAAGCUGAGGGACGGGGAUGCAACUCGGGUUCUUUAAUCUUCUUUCCAUGAUACGGCCUUCGUCAGAAGGAUGAGAAAUGAGGCGGUUGUCUUAUUCUUAGUUAUAGCCAGUUAGUUAAAGUAGCAGCUUUCUUUCUUAGGAAUCCCGAGGUUUCUUGAUGGCGUUGCGCUGCCAAGUAUUAUUGUUCCAUCCGCGUCCCUGAGCUUGAAGCUUCUCUUUCCCUCAAAUAGGCCGAGGUGAGUGAUGAGCUGGAGUUUAUCCGAAAGGAUAGGUUGAGAAUCAAAGAGGCGAAAAACUAUUCUCGAAAAGUGGAAGUUAGUAAAAAUGGAAGUUGUAAACGUGUUGUCUUAAGCACGGAAGUGAAGAAGUGUCAAGGUGAUUAAAGGUGUAUACUUUUUCUUUGUAUGUUGUCACUAUUUCUUUCUCGUUCUAGGAUAAAAGUAUGGCUUUGCCGGACAGGAAGGCUAGGCGUGCUGCGCGUGCUGCCGAGAAGAGGGUAGUGCGCGAAGCGUCGCAUUACCUUGAACACAUUUUUUCCGAUCUGGACAGCGUCGCAUCCGCCGCUCCGCCUCCUGUUUUAGAUGAAGAAAGUUUGGUCUUGAUACUGAAGAGGCACCCCACCGAAGAUACCACUUCUGAAGGUUUACGUCUGCUAGAAGAGCUUGAAGCUGAUUCUUAUCAACCACCUCCUAGUAAGGAUGAUUGGCGGUUUUUCGACGUCUCCGAGCACAGGGCUCUAGGUUUUAAGAAUAUAGCGCUUCUGAGGCGCUUGAAUGAAUUGCACCACAAGCAGGAUCCAACCGCAUGGGAGUUGGUUCUGAAUGGGGGCACUUGUGAAGGGCCGGCUUUUUGUCCUCCGAGCUGGCCAGCAAAGAGGCUAAAGUCUGUCGACGACAAAACUGAGGGCAUUACUAAGAAGUGCAGAGUUAGUUCUUUUAAGUCCAGAGCUUCGCCGGCCUUCAUGGAUCCCGAUGCAAUUCAGAAGAUUUGGGACACGUCCGCUGAGGAGGUUGGCGCCGGUCUUUUAGAGGGACCUCUCGAUUUAGAUUCUUUACCCGAUGGGGUUGCGUUUUUGGUUCCUAGGUUCGCAGUUCUUCAAAAACAGAAGCAUAGGAUGACUGAUGAUGCUCGAGUUUUCAAUCAUGAUUGCCAUCUUGAUAGAGUAACUCCAUUGCCGUCACCAUUGCAAGCGCUGGCCAUGGCGACCGCGACGGCGCGCCUGCAGGCAAACGCAAACUUGCGCCCUAACUUGGUCGAUUGUUUUAACGUAAACACAAGGAAGAGAAAGAGUUCAUCAAGUUGUUAUUCGCAGGAUUUUGUUGUACAGAGUUUAUUGGAAAAUAGUUGUAGUCUGGAUAGUGAUACAAAUGCACAGGACAAUGUAGAUGGAGCAGUUAUCGACAUAGAGAAAGCGCAUAAGACCAUAGGCAUUCUGAAGAGUCAAGAAGAGAGCAACUUCAUAGCGGUUCUCGAUCCGGUCGGAGACAAGUGGUUCGCCUUCAAAGGCUUAUCGCUCGUCUUCGGUAAUACGCAUAGUGUUGUAGUCUGGGUACGCGUUGCGCAGUUGUUAAGCAGCUGCGUUCGCGGUUUAUUUGCCGUCCCAAACUCGGUUUUUAUAGAUGAUCUCCAUUCUUUCAUCAGAUCAGGCCUGGGGCCUCGGACAUCUGCGGCAGUGUGCUUAUUGUUUGACAAGCUAGGGCGGUCAUACAAGUCAGAAAAGGUCGACGCUUCGAGUGAGUCCAUAACCCUUCUCGGGCUAGUUUUCUCUCUGGUUGGGCAUCCGUCUUUGAGUAUUUCAGAAGAAAGGAAGUUGGCGCAUGUUGAGUUGUUAGAUGCGAAGUUAUGUAUCGCAAAAAUUUUUGUCACCAAACGAAGCUGCAUCCCUUUACGGGAAGCUUAGUUUCGCUUUUUGUUCACUUUGUGAGCGACGUCUACAUCCUUUGACUCGGCCGCUUAUGGUAAGGAUGUUCCAAGCGAACAAAGAUUUCGUUUUGAGCAAGGCACUCGCUUUGAGCCUUCGGGCGUGCGCUGAUUUAAUUAAGGUGUUGCCUCCGCGGAAACUUACAGUCUCCCCAAUCAGGUUUUUGGUUUAUACCGACGCCAGUUGGCGGAGGGGAAAAGGAGUAAUGGCAGGGGUGCUCGUUUUUCCUGAUAGAGUUAAUAGGAAAACAGGAGAACUAGGAAAGGUCUUGAUGUGGAGGCUAGCCGUGUCAGAAGAUGACUUGCGUCCCUCAGUCGCCAAAUUCCCUAUUAACUUUCUUGAAGCGGUGGCAGCCGUAGUUGCUUUAAAGAUUUGGAUUAGUUUUUUUCGGGAUUCGCGUUGUAUUUUUUUGUUGGAUAAUUGUGCCGCGGAAGGCACUUUGCAUAGAAUGAACAGCGGACGGCCGGCAGUGGCAUUGUCGGCUUUCUAUUUUUGGUGGAUAGCUAGCGAGUUUUCAGUUUCUCCUUUGUUGGGGCGUGUACCAAGCGAAUCUAAUGUCAGCGAUUUACCGACGAAGAGCGAUGAAAUGUUCAAGAAGUUCCAGGACGCUUUUGAUUUUGAAGAGUGGUUUUUAUCUAAUGAAGACAGGUCUUUUAUCUUUAACUUGUUGAAGUUCAACGUUCCACACGCUGAGACUAUCGCAUGCACUUGAGUUUGAAUAAAAGCUUUUUGUGGGAAAGUUAAUGAUGGCGCAGCGCUAGGUUUGAUGAACAGUACAGGAAGAAUAGAGUCAAGAUUUGUAUUCUAAGAAUUGGCAGAGCGAGCAUUAAUUUGCUCGAAGUGUCUUAAGGCUGUCUCUUGCAAGGGUGAGAGUGUGAGUUGAAGAGAGUUUUGUCGAGUAAAGAAGUUUUUACUGUCAAAAUAUGUGGCGCCUUUUGGCAACAUUUGAGCAAAAAAAGAGGAAAAAACUCGAAAAAUUGGAAUGCCCUUGUAAGGGGGGGGCGUUUUCUCCACAUAGCCUUCGCAAGUCGAGAAUAUAUAUUAAUAACAAAGUUGGUCUUACCGUUAUAAUACCCUUACCCUUGAGCCCCCCCCCUUUGAACCGUUGCGCCGACCCUUAUGACCCUUACGCCCCCCCCUUGCGAUACCCUUUGAGACCCUUGCGACACCCUUACAGCCCCCCCUUACAACCCCCCCUUAUGAAGCAGGCGACCCCUUACGAUUUCUCCCCCCCUUUGUGACCCCCUUACAAGUUGGCACCUUUUUCCAACCUCUUCACCGUCGAACUCCGCAAAGCGCGCGCACUCCUUCGCACUCACUGCCAGCGCCUCCCAUUGAUGGCGUUCGGGAUGUCGCGACUUUUGCUCAUCACCUCACGCCGCUCGCCCGUGGAAGUUGUCAGCUUUUGGAUCAUGAUCGACAAGAGGCGCCGAGCGUAGCAGAGUGCGCACCGGUCUACCUUGCAAGAGGGCCGCGCUCCAUCGUAGUUGCCUGGUCUCUCUCUGUCUGCUUUCACAGUAGAGAAGAACAACCAAGAGGAAGAAGAUGGCACACCUUCAAGGUCUUGGGUUGCGUGCGUGUCUCGCAGACAUGUAGAGACUUGAAGCCUGGGAGCUGGUUCUGGUUCGAUUUGGAAGGUGCUACUUGCAACACUUGCAGCCGCAUGGCUGACAGAUGGGCAACCGAUAAGGCGGGCUAUGUGCCUGCCAUCUGAAGCGCGCUGCCUGCUAUUGAUUCAGUGUCCGCCUUGUGAGUGGUUGCCGGCUCUUUGCGGAGGGGGCCCGCCUCUCCCACCACAGCACCAGCGCCGGCGGCCGAUCUCCAUGCUGUUGCAACGGUGUAAGAAGUGCCCGCCUCUCUUUCCCGCGUAGUGCUGUUGCUGGUGUUGCGGGUCAAGGAGGAGAGCUUCCUCCUGGCGCUGUUUUUGCUGCAAACGGAGCACCAGGCGAAGGAGGUGCUGCAGAAGAGAAAAGCAAGGGCAAAAAAGGCGGCGGGGGGAAGCCAAAGGCAAAGCGAAGGCCAAGGCGAAGGCGCGCGCUGCGUCAUACUGAAAGAACUCACGCCACAGAAUAACAGGGCUGACAGGCGUGCUCCAUCCUUUUGCAAUUUCUUCGCCGGAUGUUUUCGGGCGGCGUGCCCUUUCCAUUUCCUUCAGCGAGUGCGCUGCCUUGUCCUCUCGCGCCCUUUAUUUUGAAACGCCGCCCCCUCGUGCGCGUGUGGCAUUCCCCCCCACGACCUCCAGGCCGACCCUACUCAAUUUCGCAAGCAGUCAGUAGUCCUCUGCUAGACCCGCCUGGUGGCUCUUUUUACUCAGCCUUAUGGUGUUCCUUACCUACUACCCAUGAUCUUUUUCUAUCUCUAACUCUAUCUCAAUGCACCCAGCACGCGCCGCACUUCUAGUUAGAUUCCAUGAAAAAAGCAGCCUGGUUAUAUAUUUUCUGCGUGACAUAGCUGAGCUACUGGCGCGGUUUUAUCAGAGCAAUGCCAAUACGCUAGGAGAGAACUCGCUUGGAGCUAGUGCGAAAGUGUUGAAAAAGAGGCACUGGGGUAAGGGCAGUGGGAUUAAGUGGCGUAGGGACCCAAAAAAGUUGACCCAGCAAGUUACUAGUCAUGGCCACCUAGUUGCGCAAUACAUUAACGAAGCAGCACAGUCGAAAAAAGAAGAAAUGGAUGAAGUAAACAGCUAGAAAGUCCGGCAAAGAGGCGAGCGAUAGCGCUUUCUUCUUCUUUAGCUAACAAAUAAGGAAAGCGUUUGUUUGCUUAUCAGACUUGUCAUGUGUUUUCUGAAGUAGAGCACUGCGCUCGGCUUCCUUGCUUAAAUCAAAAAGACAAAAAUACACGUGACCUGAGUAGACUAAGACCUAGAAACCAAAAGGGAAAGCGAGUUCUUCUAGGUAAAAGCGUUGAGUGUAUAUCUUGUUCCCUAAAAGUAGCAAUGGACUCACUCUAUUUGUGUUUCGUCUGUGCGCUCUUUUCUUUUCUUUAACUCAGUUCUUGGUCGUUAUGUGGUUUCUGAUUUGAUCCAUUCGUCUCUUUUUGUUGGUCAUGAUCUGAGUCCUGGAAAUGUCACAAAGAUCCACCAAGAUCCUAAGGACAAAGACCAACGAAAUUAAUGACCACAAUCGCCAGGCAAAAGGUUACCGGAGCACCAUCCAAACGCCCGGCGGGUUUACCGUCGCGCGGGUGUCUCUGGCUUCUCCUCUCUUGUUGUUGUUGCAAAAGGUUACCGGAGCACUCUCCAACGCCCGACGGGUUUACCGUCGCGCGGGUGUCUCUGGCUUCUCCUCUCUUGUUGUUGUUGCAAAAGGUUACCGGAACACUAUCCAACGCCCGACCGGUUUACCGUCGCGCGGGUGUCUCUGGCUUCUCCUCUCUCUUGUAUGCUGUUCCAAGUCCUUCAGUACAGUCAAGGACAAACGCCACAGGAAAGACCUCAAGGAAACCCAUAGACCUAAACGCGUACGGUUCCAAAGUCAACGCGUGCUGAUUCAACAGACGAAGGGCCUUCAACGUAUUCAGAUAGCAGGGGUGGCGAAUGUUCAUAGCUGUGACCAUCUCCAAAUGCAUAAAGAUCGUCGUAAUGGGUCUCGUAUGAUCUGACGCAUAUCCAUCCACUAAGUUCGAUCAGAUCCAGUUGGGUAACGAUAGAGCACAAGGAAGACCGUACGAGAGAUUAAUGGCGAUAGCAUAGGCGUCUCCAUAUGAGCGCGUGAAACUUUCCCCAUCAUGAUAUCCCAAAGAAGAAGCUGAGACUUCCCCUUUGCCACCCUGAUGAAUAGAUAUCCACAGGGAUCAAACCAGCCAGAGAUCAUCAGUCUCAGGCUGUGCGUUCAAUUUGCAUCGAGCUCAGGUCAGUGCUUCUCAACGAGAAACUACGCGCGACUUCACAGUCUGGGUUCUUGUGGUCCAGCACUAGUGUGACCCUUUCGCUUAGUAUAGAGUAGAAACCCAUCUAGACCUAGAGGCAACUUUACAGAAUGUCCUGCGAUGCGAGAGAAAUCUCGAAGAAACUCGGACAGAAGUCCGACUGGCGGGAGUGGCAGCGUGCCACACGUGGUCAGGAAGCUAGCCGCCUCGGCCUGCUUCAAAACUACACGAAUGCAGUUGGCGUGCCGGCAGCUCCUCAUGGUAUUCCCAACGGAGUUACCACCCAAGAGGACGCAAUCCGUCAAAAGUGGCGCAGCCUGAGAGACGCGGCCAUCCGUAGUCUGAACGGUGCCGCUGCGUCGUUCAUAAACAACCAGAACGAGAAUGGUCAGGUGGAUGCGAUGGAUGCGGGUGAGGUUGUUGUGUUCCUGCGUGAGGUGAUGCAGGCGUAGGGCACUUCGAUCAAAACAACCCGCAGGAACAACGGACGAAGGCAAAACCGCUUGCAGGUGGUUUGCUAAAGUUCCACAACAUGGACCAGCCCGCAGAUGUCAAGGGAUUCUUAUCGAGAGUCUGGGACAUCGUGAACCAGUCGCCCACCGUGUACCCGCCAGAAGCAGGAGUGCCAGAAAGUGACCAGCAGAGUGGUGCACUGCUGCAGAAGUUGCCCGAGCUGUUCUGCAAGAACUUCAAGGCAACGACCGAACGCAUGCAGGUCAGGAAGAAGAUGGCCUGACAUUUGACCAGAUCGGUGACCGACUUGAAAAGCGUCUUGCGACGUUGAUCGAGGAGGGAACCAACAAGGUUGAGAGCGAUUCCUUCGGGAAGACGUUCCCGGUCAAUGUUCAGGAAACCCCGAACAAACGCCCGCGGGAGGAAGAGGAUGAGGAGGAAAAGGCCAACGAAGGUGGUGAGAUCUCUCUGUCUAAAAGUGCCCUCGAGCGCUUUAAGGCAAACACAAAGAAAAAGAUCGCCGCCGAGGUCUACGCCUCCAACUCCAACGGCAACCAAGGCCAUGGUAGUGGUGGCGGAAAGAACGGCAAAGGAAAGCCGCAGAACAAAAGUAGCAAAGGUUCUGGAAAACAGGACACCCGUCCAGUCUGUUGGAUCUGCAACAAGCCGGGCCACAAGUCCGCGUCUUGCUGGAAGAAUCCACAGAACCAGGAAAACAGGAACUGGAACAACAGUGCGCAGUCUAGUAGUGGCAAGGGUCAAGGUGGAAAGGGUACUGGCAUGGCUCACAUGUCUCAAAUUGCGGAGCUGUUCCAAGCUCUCAACGCUGCCAAGCAGAGCCGAGACGCGGAACCGGUGGAGAGUGGAUUCCGCUCGCUGGAUUUGGAUGAGGAUGAGGGUGAAGAUGAGAUAGAUAUAGAUAAGCUUGGGGGAAUGAAUUUGAUGGGGCAUAGAAGUCUUUCAACUAGUUCCGUCGCGAUUGCUGUAAAAGAUGAAGCUAGUCUGGUUGAUAGUUGUGCAAGCAAAUAUCUCUCAAGACACAGAGACGAUUCUGGUGAUGUAACUAUGGGAAUUUGUAGGAUUACUGGCAGCGCUGGAAGUAAAGGCGGAAAAGUAGAAAGAUUGAGACCAAACAUCUUAGGGCUCCGGUGUGGUGAGUGCUAUGAUUCACUGCCAAAGGAUUUAGAUCGUAUUACACCUUGGCUAGGUGAAGGGAACUGCUCGCAAAAGGGGUGGGAACUCAAUUUCAAAGGUGCUGGCGGUUGUCUCGUACACACGGACACCGGCCAGGCCAUACCCAUAAGAAGCCACCCACGCCGGCAGCUUCCCACACUUGCGUGCAAUUUAUUCAAAGAAGAGACUGGUAGUGGUUAUGCUUUUACUUGUUCAACAGUAGAAGAAGGAGCCGGUGGCCGUUAUCUUACAAGACUCGAACUUCAUAGAAGGUUUGGGCGCUUUCAUAUAGAUGGCCUCCAGGUGAAAUGUCCUGGGUGUGACCUGCAUAAAGGCCAACGCGCACCACAUGCAAAAGCUCGAGACACUUCGAAGCACACACCUGAACCGCUGAAGUUAUUAGCUAUCGACCUUGCUGCUGGAAUCAAACCCGUAUCAGUUAGGUCGAAGAGAUGCGCGCUAGUGAUUAUCUGUGACGCAAUUACGAGAGUGCUCUGUCGACCGCUUAAGCUGAAAAGUGGCAGACUGCGUGGAGGAAGUAGAAGAAGUGAUCAGACAGAGGCACUCGCCAGGACUACUCCUUCUCUCUUGAUGGCAAGGCAUUGCGAUUCCUCCGGAGGGAUGGAGAACCUGUCCUGUGCAGCGCAGUGAUGACAUGGCCAAAGUUGUGCAAUCCAAUCGCUGCGAGUCUCAGACAGUCUGGCUGUUCUUUAUAAUCCGGAAACGAAUGGGACCUGCGCGCGUUUUAUGCGGAGACUUUGUUCGGCAGUGUUCGCACGAUCAUGCUGACUAAAGUUGGCAAGCGUCCCUGGUGUUACUGCGUCGAGUAUGCCGGUGACUGCUGGGAUCGUUUACCGCAUAACUACGCAAAAGCGCCUCAACGGAACACGAUGGGAAGAGUCCCAUUGAAAUCUUAGAAGAGCGAACUGGUCGAAACUCGUCGAAGAGUUCGAUCGGCGUGCUCCGUCGAUUUGGUUGUCUAGUUUACUUUCGUGAACAAGUUCAAGCCAACACUCCUGAAGCCAAGCUCUCGGCCAAAUACCGCGGCCGUGGCGUCUUCCUUGGACUCUGUCCGAAGUCGUCUGGCUGGUUGGUUGGAACUUUCGCCCAUGCUGAUCGUUGCAAGCUUGGACAUCGAUGGGCGAAAUAUUCUACCUGAGAAGUAAAGGCCAGAGAGGACUACCUAAUAAAGAAUAUUGAUUGGCACGUGCCAGAUAAGAAGGGCAUCCGCAUAGAGUAUGACGAACUGCAGAACCUGCAGAGUGGAGCGCUGUCGCUGGGCUCCCCCUUGCUUGGGCAGUCAGAGCCAAGGCUGGGCCAUCAAUCGGGGUUCUCUGGCACGGAGCGCGCUCCAGGUGGACCGGUCGGAAUUUCCGGAGCAUUGUUUACUGAGGCAUUGGAAAUAUAAAGUAGAGGAAUCUGACGCGGCUGACUCUCUUAGAGGUGUUCCACCUGAGGAGGGGAAAGCUGAAGCGAAGGAUCGCGAGACAUCUGCGCCGCUUAGUCCGUCUAGGUCAGAAGCGCCUUCUCCAGCGCGUGUCGUGGCAGGCGAACGCCAUACACACGCCAAGAAGCCGAAGCGUGGCCGACCAAAAGGAGCUAAGGACAAGGCAGGCGGCAGGGUCUGAAGAACAAAGAAACAGUUAGAAGAACUACGAAAGAGUAUGGCGCUGCUCGCUAGUGCAGUUGGUGGCAUGUGUGAACUAGACGAAGACGAGGAAUUCGCCGAGUCAUGCGUGACUUUGUCCGUUGCUCAAGCACUCAAGUCCCCCGAUGCCGAUAAGUGGCGGGAAGUUAUUGAGAAAGAGCACGCGAGACUUCUAGCCUUUGAAACGUGGAAAGCAGCUUCCGACGAGGAGCUUGCGACCGCGCGGCAGGCUCUACCAAUUGCCACAGUUCUAACUAUUAAAAGACGUGGAAGAUACAAGGCUCGCGCCUGUGUCUUCGGUAAUCUAGACCGAUCAGGAGAGCUAAACGCCUUUGCUCCUGUAGUUUCACAUGCCGCAAAUAGGUUGCCCUUGGCUUCUGCUGCGUCAGAGCAGGACUAUGCGAUCCCGUUCGAUUUAGAUACUGCGUUCCUCAAUGCUGAACACUCGGUCGCGGUGUCUUCUGUCGUCUCCCAACCAUCUGGGCGGAGAAGCAUGGGCGCGAGAUCGUGAAGCUCAAGAAAGCCCUAUACGGCUUGAAGGACGCACCACGAGCAUGGUUCAAGAAUUGUCACGACAUACUAGCCAGUCUUGGCUGGGAGCCGUGUGAUUCUGCGCCAGGCUUAUGGAGAAAACCGAGGAAGGAAGUACCUGGGAAGCUCCUCAGGAUGUCAGUCUAUGCCGGUGACAAUCUUGCGACGGGUCCUGAUCUCGAUGGGCUCAAGACUGAACUAGGCCACAUCUUCUCGCGUGCCCCUGGCCGUGCGAUAGAUGUGGAGCCCGUUCCGACCCCUUGGGGUCAAGCGUGGCGAAGGUUCGACUUCUUAGGUGCCAUCGUGUACUACUGCCGUGAAGCUCGAACUUUUCGGCCCAACAUGGGAGAGCACAUCGAUAAAAUCGGAAAGAGAUUCGAAAGCCAAGUCGGGGGGUCGGUUUACUCGCCCAGUUUUGACGUGUCGGCUUUUCUUGGGGAGGGGAUCAAGAUAGUCGACGGGUAUCCUUAUCGCGAGGUAGUUGGUGCCUUGCUAUGGGUAGCUGUGACUGCGCGCCCGGGCAUCUCUGUACCGGUGGCGGCGCUGGCUAGACAUGUCAGCAAACCCGCGUCAGUGAGAAUGGUGAAAGCAGCCAAGAAAGUGCUGAAGUAUCUGGCGACAACGAGAGAACAGGGACUGGAAUACCCACCAGAACAAGAAGAGGAACUCAAUAGAAUCUAGCCAAAGAUAUUACCUGAAGGCAGAGAUAUGCCAGAGGUGAACGUCUUUAGUGAUGCAGGAUUCGCCAACUGCGUAAAGACUACGAGAAGCGCAAGCGGGUCGGUCAUGUAUCUCAAAGGCGUCCCAAUCGCUUGGGGAAGUAAUCGGCAAACUAACUGUCUGUGCCUAUUCUACGGCUGAGAGUGAAUACGCUGCAGCUUCUGACACAAUUGCGCCCAGUGAACUGCAUGACUCUGCAGACUUCUAGAAGCCUCGACCAACUCAGUUGGUGCACACACAGAGCGGCUUGCCUCUCUCUUUAGACAGUGCCGCGCCCUGGGUCGACAACCAGUCCGCGAUCGCAGCAGCUAACUAAAGCAACAGACACACGCCCGAAAAGUCGCCACUAUGCACUUCGCUACUUGCGAGCGCGUGGCGCGGCAAGUGAGAUAGUAUUCUGCCGAACUAACUUAGUGAAAGCUGACGGCUUAACUAAGCUAGAGCGUAGCCCGUCUCGGCGUAGGCUACUGCUUCACCAUAUAGAUAGCUUGAUAAACAAAAUCAACUAUGACGACUGUGAUUCCUCAGACGAUGAAGCGGAUGCAUGGGGAUGGUUUCGCCUACUUUCGCUUUGGUGUAGUGCUUUCGGUUUACUUUGGUUUCUAGUUCGCUCACCGUAGCCAUAAGCAGAUAGGUAGGAGAUAUGACUUCUGUGGCAGUCCAGAGAGUAGGAACUUCGACGCGCAACGACUGGGGAGGGGCGCUGGUCAUGAUCUGAAUCCUGGAAAUGUCACAAAGGUCCACCAAGAUCCUAAGGACAAAGAUCAACGAAGUGACCAAGAUCGCCAGGCAAAAGGUUACCGGAGCACCAUCCAAACGCCUGACGGGUUUACCGUCGCGCGGGUGUCUCUGGCUCCUCCCCUCUUGUUGUUGUUGUAAAAGGUUACCGGAACACAAUCCAACGCCUGACGGGUUUACCGUCGCGCGGGUGUCUCAGUCUCUGGCUUCUCCUCUCUCUUGUAUGCUGUUCCAAGUCUUUCAGUACAGUCAAGGACAAACGCCACCGGAAAGACCUCGAGGAAACCCAUAGACUUAAAUGCGUACGGUUCCAAAGUCAACGAUCAACAGACGAAGGACCUGCAACGUAUUCAGAUAGCAGGGGUGGCGAGUGUUCGUCUCCAAAUGCAUAGGGAUCGUCUCCAAAUGCAUAAGGAUCGUCGUGAGGUAUUCUCGUAAUGGGUCUCGUGUGAUCUGAUGCAUAUCCAUCCACUAAGUUCGACCAGAGCCAGUUGGGUAACGAUAAAGCACAAGGGAGACCGUAUGAGAUUAAUAGCGAUAGCAUAGGCGUUUCCAUAUGAGCGCGCGAAACUUUCCCCGUCAUGAUAUCCCAAAGAAGAAGCCGGGGCCCCCCCUUUGCAGCCCCGACGAAUAUCCACAGGGAUCAAACCAGCCAGAGACCACUAGUCUCAGGCUGUGAGUUCAAUUUGCAUCAAGCUCAGUGUUUCUCGCCGAGAAACUGCGAGCGACUUAACAGUCUGCGUUCUUGUGGUCCAGCGCUUUUUCUGCUUUUCUCUCCUGCAGAUAAAAAAAAAGAGUGUAGCACUUAAGUAGCCUCCAAAAAAAGUCGCAUGAAGUUGGCACGUUAUGAGUAGUUUGCUUUUUGAAAGAGAUAAAACCUAGAAACUUAAGGAAGGACUCGUGAGGGGUGAAGUCAUUAGAGACAAUACGCAUAAGGCUGCAAGUAAAACGCAAUAGGGGCCAACACAAAGGGAGGGGAAGUAAUAAGGGAUGAGAGUGAGUAUGAAGAGCUGAGACAUGUUAGUUGCCACCGUCUCUCGCCUUCCAGUGGUCACAGCCUGGAAGUCGUCGCUAGUUAGUUUUUUUGAAUGCUUUGCAUAAAAUUCAUAAUCAGUUGCUAAGAUGAGUAAAGGCAUAGGCACCUCGUGGGAAGAUCGAUCUGAUUCUUGUGGGUCGGUAUUGAUUCUUAAUUGAUUGCACGCUGGAAGACUGGCAACUGAAAACAAAUGGUGGAAAGGUCGCGAGUCGGUCAUACUGAACUAAGAGCGAAUGGCAAGACGAUGCAUCUGAGUCGGUUGUAGUGAGGAAAGUGCACAGCUGUGCCUGAAUGUCAUGGGUCGGCCUGUGAUGUGUUAGCUUCCAGGCAGAUCGGUGCGUAUGUGUGUAGGAGUGUGGUUCGGCCUUGAUCUGAUGGGAUGGCUGCAGAUAAUUACUGGCUUGAGCCUUUUUAGGCGGAAGGCUUAAUGCCGGCGCAGUUUAAGGCUUGAAGAUAGGGGGGUCGCUCCUCCCUAUUGUAUCUGAGACGCUUUGGCCAGACUCUCUCCUCCACACAAUACGGCAUACGCCAUGAGAAUGGGUGAUCUCGGUCCUUCGUAAUGUACUCGCAGCGACACCGCUAUCACGAACUCGGUCACUCUUACCUCUCAGGCUUCACCUGCCCAAGUCCCGUGUUAUAAAACGACUGCCAAAGAGUUUCCCACUCUAAUAGGUAAACAAAUGGUCGCCCGCUCCUAAGAGAUGAGGACAUCGAUCAACAUGGCAGGAAGGUGCUAGCCUUAAAAUCCAGAACAAGCUGGUCAGGGUCGUGGCGGACCCGAAGGAAGAGUAGAGAAGAGACGCGGAGAGACUUGGGGAAAGAAGCGGGCGGCCUUACCGCUCACGGAUAUGACAAAACAAAGAGAAGAUCCACGCAGCGCGCAGAAUGGUGGAGAAGGAGCAGCGCCUGCCACAGAGGAGGCAGACAGGAGAGUCCUCCCCACGGUUCGGCGCAAGUGGGAGCGCCUGAGGCUACUGGCAAUGGUCGACAGAUACAGGGAGGAAAAGUGGGGCAGAAGGCUCGGCCUGGGGAUGACCCCCAAGGCCAACGAAGGGCCGAACACAAUGCCCGCCAGGAGAGUCAGACUAGGAGAAAGGGACAACAAGGAGGCGGAGACAUGGAAGAAAUUCAAGGAGAGACUAGGGAAAUCCCUCCAAAACGAACAGGGGGAGGGGUUCCAUAAUAUAGCGAGAUAAUAGAAAUAAUGCGGGACCUUGAGAAGCUGGAAGAAGGGCCACGCGUACGGACUUCGGUGGAGCGGCUGGGAAUGGCAGAUGUGUGGAACCUCGUGACGCGCUGCCCGCAGUCGAUCCACUGGAGGGAACUAUGGAACGCGGCAGCGAGAGCCCUGCGCAAUAGAUACCAGAAGAGGAGAACGAGAAGACAGGGACUGGACGACGUGCAAACAUUGCGGGCGGGAAGGAUUUAAAAGCCCCAAGGGCUUAGUGGCGCACUGGGUAGGGACGGCAAAAAACUGGAAGGAGGGAGAACGCGCAAGCUGUGGCAGAAGGACCGCGGGAACAUGCUUGACGCCGGUGACCUGGAGAGGCUCUCGCACUUCCAGAAAAUAUACUUGGAGGAAGCAGGACUGAGCCCCGAGGAGGUGAAAGAUGUGGCGCUUAUACCGCUCUCGCUGAAAGGAAAAAAGUGGCCGCACGUAGGGAACGGCACGCACAUCCAAGACAAACAAGAGGCAGAAGAGCUUCCCAAGCUAGUGGAAGACUUGGAACACGAUGAGCAGGCAGGGGAAGCCAUCGACUAAGACAACCGGCGCGAGUGCCCCUGGGGGGUGAAGAAAUGCCAGGGGGUACAGCCGGACACUCGCCGCUGUGGUAUGUGCCAGGUGAUGCACGGCACAGGCCAGGCGCGCCAGAAGUGGCUAGAGGUAGAGCAGGCCAAAAGGGUAAGAAAGGACGAGAAAAGGUGGGAGGCAUACCACGGGGCCAAGGGGAUGCGCUGGGACCCGAUGACAAAGGUAAAGACGUGCCCACACAAAGAGAAGGCGCGCGGCUGGCUGGUGGAGGAGCCGGGAAAACGGUGCGAAGGGUGUAAAAGAAUAGAAGGAGGAGAAACCUGGGCCACCCACUGCAGGGAAGUAGAGGGGAAAAAAAGGGAGGACUUUGCGGGGAAAGAGCAGCAGGAAAAAGCCAAGGCCCCGAGAAAAAGACAGAAGGAAGAGGGGCGGGAGGAUAAGGCAAAAGGAGAGGCCUAACGCAAAGCACAAAAGAGAGAAGAGACAGAGGAGAAGAGAAGGGAAGGAAAAAGGAGACUUGCUGGCAAACCGCUGGAGGGACUCAGGGAAGGGAAGAAGCCAAAGAAGCCCCCAGGGGCGGAAAAGGCUGCAGGAGAAAAGCGGCUGGCGGAGGAGCCGCUGAUAGACCUCAGAAAAAGGAAGAAGGGGAAGAAGCAACCAGGAGACCAAGAGGAGGAGAAGGGCAACGCCCUCAAGAAAAAGGACGAAAAGGGGGCAGCGGGGGCGCCGAGCAGCUUCACAGCAGUGAAGAGGAAGCAGCAACGAGAACAAAGGACAAGGCCGAAAGAGAGGAAAGAAGCCAGCACAGAAGUGAAGAAAAAGGAAGAGAAAUGGGGAGGCCUGGCAAAAGGACCGCCGGACGAAAUGAGGCCAAGAAGACCACGACGGGGACAGGACACGAAAAGAAUAGGCCGAAACAAAGGGGCCGCCUAAGGGGAGGCCCCCCGAUGAAGGGGGAGGCAGUGCAGGAGGGCAAGAGCAAGCGAAACGAGCGCCCCUCGCCUCUUUUGGGUCCCCCGGAGAGGUGGCGGAUGCGGGUCUGGCCUCUCUCUGCGGGGUCGAGUAGGGGCAACCUUGUAUCGUAAAGAGGGCAACCCUCUUAGGUAAAACGGCUGCAGGGAUGAGAUGGCAUCCCGCCCCACCCGAUCGGUGGGCUUGCAUCAUCAUCAUCAUCGUCACCAUCGUCAUCGGCAAACAAAUAGGCUACAAAGUGCAGCCUCCUCUUUCGCAAACUUGGUCUUCGCUUUGUCGUUGCGUGGACUUGAACUGGCCCGAGGACAUGAAGCAAGAGAAGACUAUGGACAACUAGGACAUCCGCAACAAGCUUACACUUUAUGCGUUGCUUUGUGCGUUCGUCGAUGAACACACAGGGCGGAAAUCUUUCAGCGGGCGAAUUAAGUACAUCGGUCGCCAUGCAGGGACCGACGCGGAAAGACGCAGGAACUUCCCCAAAAAGGCCGACGCCUGAGGCUGGUGGACCUUCAUGCUCGACGCUGGCCAUGCCCCUACAGGGGAUAUUUGGUGGCGGUUCGGAAGCUCUUGCGGCCGAGCUAUUUGGUCACACUCCUGGCUUUGUUCUUCGCUUUUAUUGGUGAGAGCGAAGAAGUUGUCUGGGGGGGAAGCUUGGAGGAGUAGUGGCUUGCAGAAGAAGUAGAUGCGGCAGCUUGGUACUUUUGCACGGUAAGAAGUAGGAGAAGCAGAUGGGGUUUCUUCUUUUUUGGCGUAGGCAGUUAGUGGCAUUAGUCUGCCCCGAUGGCCACUCCUUCAUGGGAUUCGCGCUGCUCCUCCAGCAUUUUGCGGGCUUGUUCCAGACCUUCUCGCCCCUUCUGCAUGUCCUCCAAAGUGGAGGCCUGCUUACGCAGUUUGCGUCUCUUGUUCUGCUUGUUGAUUGUCCUCCUCUUCUUCUUCAUCUUUCAUCGAUGAGACAUCAGAAGGAGACGAGCUGUCUGAAUCCGGGCCCGCCUCCUUCUUAGUCUUCGCCUUGGACUUCUUCUUUUUCUUCUCCACCAGCUUCUUCUGUUAGUUUCUUCGCCUUUUUCUUCUUCUUCUUUUUGUCGGAGUCUGAAGAGGAGGAAUCGCUAGAAGACAGAGUCGCUGCUGCUGCUGCUGCUGUCAUCAUCGUCAUCUUCUACCAUCAGUGGCGCCGCCUUCUUUUCACUGAACUUAUCCCAGUUGGUGCGGUAUCUGUAUUUCCCAGCAGCAGGCAGACUUCUGACCCAGUCCAAGGUCUUGGCCUUCUCUGCUUCGUCCAUUGCCUCAACCGCAUCGGCAAGCUUUUGCGCGACUUCAACACAGUCACGGCGCGCCACAGCAAGACCAUGGAGGAGGCCGCCAUCUUUGGCUUUUUGGCGGAGCUGCUAGCUUGCUGGACUCGUGUGCUUGCGUUACCUUCAUCGUGAUCUUUCGAUUGGCAACACCUUGGGGAAUGGGGACACCGCUCGGCAUCGUAUCUGAACUCUGGGAUCUGCCCCUACACACCACGUUCGUCACCGCAUUCAGCUUUCCUCUUCUCCGCAUACUUUCUGCCGCCACCUUUUCCUUCGCCACCUUUUCCACCGCCAUCUUUCCCACCGUCUGAAGUAGCUCCCGUAGUGGCGAGCUUACUUAGCAAGCAUUCCGAGAAGACUGGGGUCAUGGACUUCAGCAGCAUUCCUUUUGUCUUUCUUGCCCAUUUUGAACGUAGGCAGUAGUAGAGCUUACAGGCUGGCUACUUCUGACAUUUGGCGCUGGAUCUUAGAAACCGCUAGAGCUCGUAGGGGAUUGCUUGCGCCUUGGGGCUUUGUCGUUGUUACUUGAAGACGGUCGAUAGGUUGAAGAUGUUGCGCCGAGCGCUGUUGCUAGUGGAUGAGCUGCCUCGGCUUGGUGUUGCUUGAUUCUCGAAGAGUUGGCGAAGCCCUUUAGAAUUCUCGUACUCGUAGGGAGGCCGUUUUCUUUGAAGUCUGCGAGGAGUUGCCUGACAUCCUCCUCAGUGUGGUGUCGUGCCAUCGUCUGGCCGGAGGCCGCGAAAUGUGAAAUGAAUGCAGAUGCGAACUCCUGCUGAUCUGCUCGGGUUCUCUCUAGUCGGUGUUUAUACUAUCGGAGAUCAUAGGUGACUAAAUAAGAAUUGCACGCUCCGGAGAUCUCAGAUAGUUUUCUGGAUUUUCUUCGGAGAGGGCUGGGGAACUCCCCGCGAGUCCACUCUCUCACCUCAACCAAACCAACGGUGCCACCAAGCACCGCGUGACUACCAAAUCACGCCUACGAAUACCAACGGUGCCACCAACGCCAAGCACUGCGUGAUCACCAAAUCACGUCCACCACCACCACCACUACCAAUAGCGGCCUUUCCCCGGCUACAGCCUCGCGUAGGCUGGUGGCGGGAGCAGGAUUCUACUGCUGAAGCACGUUAAAACGCCGCCUGUCCCCUUAUGGACCCGCGGCAAUAACAUGCACAGCCGACGAAAACACGCAACUAACUACGUGCGAACAGGUACUGAAAGAAGAUCCAAAAAACAUGUCUUGCGGUAAUGCCAUCCCCCUGUGGGGAGCGGCUACCCUUCUUAAGGGGCUGACGCCUGAAGCCAACCUUACACCCGCAACAGGGCCGAAGUAGUGAAAUAGGUCCAUGCUCAGCAUAUCCUCUGCUUUUUAACCGACUUAAGGGCUCUGAUCUCCGCGAGAGAACGAGCGAACCACCAACCACAGCGUACCCGUGUGCGGGGAAAAAACUUUUUGUUCCCACUGACGGCCCAUAUGAAUACAAAGUUCUGCUUCUUGCAUACGAGAGGUCAGAUCCGUCAGAUGUACGAGAUCCAAAAAUCUGUCGAGAAGUGAACUAAGUGCGAAAAGAUCCCGCCUUGACCCGCCCUCGCUCUGUUCCGCAAACAUACUAUGGCCUACUCUCAAACCCUAACGGGGAGAGAGAACCACGACAGGGGUGGACUAUGAAACCCUCUUACUGGCCGACGCAUCCUAACCCACCGCCCCAGGAAUGAAAGAGACGAUCUACAAAUUUGCGGAUCCCGUGCUCCGUUUUUUCUCGUUCAGCGAUCUGAACUCAUUGUGAUCUAAGCUAGACAAAAUUACGCCACUAAGGCCCACAAUACGGCGCGCCGAAACUCGAAGUAAUCCUGAAUACUGACGGCUACAAGUGGCAUUAUACGAAUAACUGACUAAGCCAACAAAACAUACAUAAGCUACCACUCCACCACUUGAAACAACGAUAACGCUUACUCUCACCAAAACCCAGGGAACGAAAAUACAAGAGGAAACUCUUAAAAAAUCUACUUCACUCUCAAAAAACCAAAACUACAAAAUGGAGGCGCAGCAACGUCUUACCAUUGCCUUCGGGCAAAACCAGGCCACGUUGGUGCGGGACUUGACUGAGCCAGAAUUGGCCGCGGUCUAUGUCCUCAACAAGAGCAUGGCGCUCAUCUUGGACCCUCGCCCGCAACUGAAGGAGGACUUGGAUGGAGUCAUGGCCACCCUCACCACCAUGCGGGUUGGUCAAAAUGACGCUCCGCUGCCGGCCGAAGGCCAAGGUUGGAUCAAGGCUUAUUUGGCCUAUGUUUCGAUCGUGGAAAAAUAUCAAAAGGAGAAUAGUUUUGACACGGCCUCUUUUACCAAACUAAGUAGCAGCGGGUCUCUGAUUGCUUCAACGCGUUGCCGCAAAUUGUGUUGCAUCCAAAUUAAAUGGAACUCGCAAAAGCAUCGGGAGGAAGGCGCGGCAUUGAGGCAGUCCGUGAGCACUGUGAUGUGGAUGCCCCAGCCUGUCCACAGGGUGCAGGAAUCCACAGCGACUACGCCUUUCUUCACGGUCACUGCGCCGACAGCAAUCUGGUACCCCCUACACCAUUUACGACCGCCUAGCACGUGUCUUGUGGCUCUUUCUUGUAGGCAAUAGAGGCAUGUGCUCAACAUACUCUCAAAAUGCGCAACAUACCUCAACCACCAUACAGCGCGUUGCCUGAAGUAACCUCUGAACAUUCAUACAGGAACUACCGGACGGCUUCGGCCAACCUCAAGGCCCACCAGUGCCACCUGCUCAACUUCAGCCACCGGCUGUUGACGUGGCUGCUAUGGUGGCAGCUCAGGUCACCGCAGCUUUGGCGACCAUGAAGGAGAAGCUCGGCCAGGAGUACGAGGAGACGCUCAAGGAGGUCGUCGUCAAGUUCAAAGAAGAGGAGCAGACCGCCCCGAGCUAUAACGUCGCUAAACCGGACGAACGCGGCAUCUACCCAGAUGCGGCGGCGACUGGCUACCGCACCAAGAAAGAAGCCUCGGACGUUCCGGGCUUCAAGGACCCCGACGAGCCGGGCCCCAUCGCGGUCAACGCGCUCCGGUCUCUUCGUCUCCCGCACGGUGAUGAACAAGAUCAGGACAUCUCUUUCCAGAUCACAUGGCACCCCCUACCGAGUGCUAUCGCUAGUUUUGUCCCGCGUGCCAACGGACUUACCCCACUUAUAGGUAAGCGCCAACGGCGGGCGGACAGCCCGGGCUAGGAUGGGGCAACCGUUUGAGCAAAGGCAUUCCAGCCGACGCCACACAACAAGACCUCUAGCCCGGGCCCAGAUGAUGGCCUGAGCUUAGCCGUGCAACCUAUGGCGCAUGUGAACUCAACAUCGGCCUGAUGGGCGGUUAAAGAUAGCCUACACGCGAUACACCACAUCACCGACGAACCACAUACCUCAUAACACACCAUACAAAAACACACAGGGACGGAAAAGAUGGCGCUGCCCUUCAUCUUACGGGCCUCGACCUCAACAACCAACUCGCCUUCACCUGGAUGGUCACACCAGGAAACGUCGCCUCGUACAAGGGAGCUGUCCUCGACACCCAGAGCCAGGUCGGACUGCUUUCGGCCGUGGUCUACCCGAACUGCCCAGCUAACUUGCAGGCUUGCCACCGCCUCGUCCCGACCGUCCACCUCGCGCCUACCACGCUAUUGCACUGGGUCGCAACACAUACGCCCACGCAGAAGGCCAGCGCCAAAGCGCUGGCGGCCUGGUUAAUCUUGCAAGGCAUCGGAUCUGAGCGGUCGUUUCUCACAAAAUUCCUCACCACAAAGGAAUUUGAGACGUCGCCCAAAACCUUUAUUCUGUUUAAGAAUAUUGGAGGGCCGUUGUGCCAAGACCUCGCGUCCACCGCACAACGCCUGCUUUCGCUUGGUUCGGCUAAGGUGCAACUAUAUACCAUUAGCGAACUCCUAUACCUACACGAUACAAUCAGCCAGGAAUUACGCCAUAUGUCGUCUCUUACGAAUACCACCAUACUCACACUCAGCAUACCUUACCUACAUGUAUGCGCAAACCUACCCUCCCCACCAACCAACCAAUCACCCACAGGCCCGCCCAACUAUUCCUCGCGUUUUCUGGAAUGGAUGGAACAUCAGCUACUUGCACGCCCUCGAACGCCGAAGUCAAGAGGACUUGCGAGGUGCCUUGCUGGGAGCAACGUGGGGAGAAAAUGAAAAAUUGGCUACAGAUGCACAACUUGCCAUGGAGACGACAAUGAAGCAUGGCACAAAAAUUCGUAUUGUAUAUAGGAGAGGCCACUAAUAUAGACGAAAGUAUUAAAUUGGUCUCCCCUUUUCAUUUUUCGCUGUCUGGAGUGGCGAAGAGCGCGCUCGUGUUGCAUUUCAUACCAAUGAUGCUGUAUGCGCACGUGCGUGAUGAACUUCGCAAGAACAACAUGUCCUCCGUGCAGUUCUUGGCACGACAUCAACAAGAACUACAGCAAUCUUCUAAAGUUCGCUCUGCGCAGUGGGGAAAGGACAAACAAAACAACGCCACAGCAUCCCCCUCUCCCGCUGCUGCUGAAAAGCGAGCUAAUGAAGAGGAUGAAGACCAAAGUCCACCACGUGCUGCUGGAACUAAGCGCCGCAAGAAGAAUACGAAGAAGAACAACAUGGCCACCACCUCUACCACUACCAAGAAGGACGAGACCAAUGCCGGAGAAUACCAAUCCUGGCGGAACUGGCAGGCGCCGCCGGCUAAGGGUACAGGCAAAAAAGGCCAGCCUCCUGCUGCUGCGGCACCAACCGCUGCUCCCAACAAGGCCGACGCCUGCAAAUGGGUGCGGGCACCGGAGAAACAGUGCUACAAGUCCUGGGAUUCCAAGAACAAUGUCUGGCGGCAUGAUACCAACUGGAAGCAGACGGCUGCACUCAAGAGCUCCAAAUUACGGCUAAAACUACUCACUCCGCAUAACAAUUAAUUUGUGGCCUCUGUUGAACCAUCCAUCUGCCAAAUACCUCUGUCGCCUCUAAUCACCGAAUGGGCCGUCGACUUACCGCGCGGUCGCAAGACCAAUGAAACACCUCACCAAGAUCAGCCGCCAGCUCUUUCUUCAAACACUGACGCACCGGCCAACCCACCGGGUCAGCCUACGGCUGCAAAGUGUAAACAGCUGAGUGCUGAGCUAAUCCACCGUGGCACUUUACCGGUGUGGCGCUCUUGGACGGAGCUGGUGGCGGACGGGUGGACCCCUGUGGCCACGACGAACAAGUCUGAUCCUAAAACAGGUCGCGCAUGGGCAAAAACAAUUAAUGCUACUCCUUGUGGGCUGCCGGUGUCUAAAGACGGGAUCCUUGAGCCCCCAGUGGUUCAAUCCGCGUCCAAGCGCGACAAAUACCAGCUGGCUAAGGACGCCUGUGCCUGUUGCCACAUCUUCCACAAAUGCGCUUUCGAUGAGAAUAAUCUUACCUGCCCUUUGAUCCACCAGUGGCCAGCAGAGGAUGCAAAUAUGAUUGCUAAACGCAAGUGGAGUGAGGCUGUUGUGGCCCAGUCUAAAUAAGAAAGAAGAGGCGUGGAUCCCGAGGGUCCGCAACUGAGAUUCUCGAUCAUGAAGCAGAGGCGUUGAGACAACAUUUCUCAGGUGAACUUGUUGAAACCGCUAUGACGCCAUGAACCUCGCCACUUUGUAGCUGAGAUGAAGUAAGAAAAAACCAACCUUGUGAAGCUUGAGCUAAAACUACCGCUGUCAGGCUGUGCUCUUUCUGCCGCAACGGAAAACCCAGACUGAUGCCUGCACUCAAAAACCUGUGCAGCAUGUGAGUGAUCAGAUAUAUCUAUUGGCAACAAGUCGACCAUUCAUCAUCCGUGCGCCUAAGUCUGCGACUGUCGGCACCACUCACCAAUGCAAAACAAUGCAACAAUUAUUAUGGGAUGAAUGUGGCCGAUCUCGAAGUGCCUCCCUAAUAGAGGAACGCCUUGCCUUGUCGCAUGCAACAAAGCUGCUGGCUACUGACUUGAUGACGUUAACUACUUAACCAUACACAACCACUACCAACUUAAUCUAAGCCCUUGGAUAAAGCGAUACCAUAACGCCACUCGCUACCUUUACCAACCAAACCACCUCCAGGGAAACAGCGCUAACGUGUCCGCGCAUACGUGUUAAAGACAAAUACUCACGUUAAAAAAUGAGCACCAACGCACCGGGAAAGGGUCAGAAGGUGGCCAUCCCGCCGACCCGUAAAGGCCAAAAAUCGGCCUUCCAUGAGAAACUGGCGGCUGAGGCAAAACGCCGCUCUAAGGGCAUUGGUGAGAAACCAGCCCAAGACGCCACGGGAAAGGGCCCACAGGACCCCGCGGCUGCCAUGGCGCCGCACGGUAAGGCGCGCCCCAACCAGGCUGCCUCGAGCAGCGCCUCGACUGGUGCUGGUCCGUACAACAACGACGGGCCAGCCUUCAUCCCGCCGUCCACUUAGGACGAAGACUACACCACGCCAGCAACUUCCUUCUGGAGUAAUGAGAUGGACGAAGCCUACGACCUUGGGGCUCCGAGCACGCAAGUGUCGGCUGAGGACGAACUACCCGCCUCUACACAAAGUGGGCAGGAACUAAAGCACGGCUCUGGUGGCAUGGAUUACCUUCCGGCCAUUAUCAACAAGCCGCGCCAGACCUACACCAUCAGCCAGUCCAUCAGGAAACUCAAGUGGACUGACCCGGCGGCAAACCAGUCGGCUAAACUCUGCAAGGACUUGCUCCACAAAUGUGGAAAGCAGAUGGCCUACUUCCUCCGCCACAGCCCAGAACUGGCGCGUCGACAAGUGGUCGAGGGCUGGGAGCGCGAGUGGAUUGACUUGGGUGACCUUCAGGAAACCCUCUACCAUGGCAAACAUGGUGUUUGGUACCCGCUCGAAUACAUUGAGGCGGCUGCAGAAGUCCCCAACAGACAUGGCGGACUCCGCUUUGAAAUUGCCUACCACGAACCGGCUCACUACAUCCGCGCCACAUCGGGGCAAUCCCUGACCAAAUGCACCGGAAGCAAGCGCCUCACUACCAAAGCCGAAGCACAAGAAUACGCCGACUUCCACGGAUGCCAACACUUUCAGCCUUAUUUUGCUGCAUUCGCCGAGCUGUUAUCUUCUCUUGCCUUGAGCUACAAAGUCUCAACCUACCUACCUUGCCAUCAUUCAACCACCAGCCGCAAACCCUAUCCACCAAAACCACCCUACCCAACAUACAGAUACAUCUGGCGCCAGACCUCCGCAUACGCCUUGGCAAACAUUGGCCGAGUCGGCUACUUGUUGCCGAUGAGCCGCCAGCAUGUCCAUUGGGGGGACCAUCCAAAUCAUACCAAAUCGAUGGGUGGCGACCGUGUAUGGAUUUCGGUCCACACUCAUGACAUCAUCGAAGAAGGAGUCGCUCUGUAUGUGACUAAGGCGAAACAUCAGUUAGUCACAGACCCAGUGCCGCUCUAUCUGUGUAGCGUCUACACCUUGGAACAACUCCCACAGAACUCAUGAGUGGUCAGAUUAUAACCUGACUGAGAAUAGGCGAGAUGCCACCUACCGGGCCAGCUUUUAGGCUAUGUGCACCAAUGUGAGUAUUUGAGAAACAUGCUUUACCCCGGCUGCCUUAUCUCCACAUCUGACUGUAGUGUUCACCGGCUGCGGCGUACCAGGAUAAAUUAUGACGAGAGAAGGUCAUCCGCCGAGAGAAAGUGAGGCACCCUAAAAGCAACGAAGUACGCCCCUCCCUAGAUAAUACCAUGAAAAUCAAUAUACAAAACCAAGAAAAAGUAGCACUUGCGCACUGGAAUAAAGAGCGAAACACUCGAGGGAAAAAUAAAAAUGGCGUCACGUUUCUUCGCGCUGUUCCAUGGCGCCUGGCUCGCGCCGGCUAUGGCCUCUUCCAAGGCCUCCGGCUCCCAGCUGCGAAAGCAAGCCUCGCAGCCCACACCACUGGGAGCCCCGACGUGGAAACCACCACCGUCGGAGACCACACCACUCUCGCUACCCACACCAUCGCCGUCACUCAGACUAGAUAAGGCCACUAUCCCAAAACGGGAAUACCGCCACGCCCUCACUCGCUACUGCAGCAACGAGAACAUCACGCUGCAGCUGCAAGCGCAUGCCGAGGGCACCCUCAUCAACCGCGAGCACAGCUUUCACGUCUUCUGGGACUACUGGGCGAACCAGCUCCCGCAAGUCCACCCUCCAUACUCAAUCGAGCGCCUACGUAUCUUCUGCCUCUGGAUCUCGGCCACCAAUGAUAGCUCCGAGCUGGCAAGCGCCUACUUUGCCGCGGUAUCUCGCAGCCUCCUCAUGCCAGAGCUGGACCCACGCACCAACCAACCGCGCAACUGGCUCCAGCCGCACCCUUGCGCCAUUAAGGCACUCAACAUCGCCAAGGAUGACAUCCGGCGGACGUGUGCGGCACAAGAGCCCCUCAAGGCGCCACCUAUCCACGUGGAUGCGUGCCGACGCCUCCAGCCUGCAGAUCGCGCACUUGUGCGCCUGUGGAUCCUCCUGGGCAUCCGGUGGAGCAGCUGUGCCGAGCUCCGCCCGCACCACCUCACCUACCACGCCGACCGCAUCCUCGUAACAGUUAUUCGAGAUAAGAUCGCGAAUAAGGAGGGGCGCGUGGUUACCAUCCGCUGCAACUGUACCUCACCACAACACAAGGACCUCUGCCCCAUCUGCGACAAAACCACACCACAACCAUCCCUGCCAGCAGAUGGGAAAUCAAUGAUGGAUAUCAUGAAACAACUGGGGGCAAAGUUCCACUCGCUUCGCCGAACUAAUGCCCUCAUGGCCGCAAAAACGCUGGCCUCCGGCAAACACUUCGGCUUUGAGACCUACAUGAAGGCAAGAGGCUGGAGCACCCUCGCGGCCGUCCUAUGCUACAUGAAGGACCACGCGGACCACGCGGAUGCAGCCCUAUUCCCCGUGGCCGGGGCACUCGACUACACCACCGACGAUAGCAAGCACAUAACUCUACCACCUGCUACAACUAAAGACAAAGAUGAGAUCCAGGAGGCAAUGCGCAAUGAAACGCGCACCCGCGAACUGGACGAGAUCGAAUCUCUCUUGUCAACUAAGCACGACGCCGCCGCCUACUUCAAGUCGAGGGACAAAUUCCUCGCGGAAGGUACUACCCAAAUGAACGGACAGGAUGUCUGCACAAUCAAGGUCACGCCGAAAACUGCAUACUGCAAAUCGGCGAUGAAAAAAGUCACCAAGAAGAAGACCACCUCCACCAGUACUAAAGACCAGGCACGGAAACAAUCACAGGCCGCUCCACUUCGCAAGCAAGUGAAGUCGAAAUAAGACGCUUGGCGAAAGCCGCGCCUGGACAAUUGGCAAGUAAGCGACUGCUUCCUUAACCCAUGGCCUCACCGUGAGCAUGCCCAUAGGCAGGCAGCUUAGAUGGGAACAAUGAUUAUUGAAGCGUCAGCGUGUUGCACACCAAAGAACUAGCAGCUUCUGCUGCCUUUGGCGACAGUGAUCCAAAAAAGGGAACCUGACACUCGUGAUCACCCACGCCCUCCUAGAGGCUUUCACUGCUGGAAGCAGGAAGCGAGCCAAAUGAUCGGUAGCAGUGAGUUCUAAUGUAGUGUAACAUUUGUCUGGCCGGAGGCCGCGAAAUGUGAAAUGAAUGCAAAUGCGAACUCUUGCUGAUCUGCUCGGGUUCUCUCUAGUCGGUGUUUAUACUAUCGGAGACCAUAGGUGACUAAAUAAGAACUGCGCGCUCCGGAGAUCUCAGAUAGUUUUCCGGAUAACGAAAAUGAAAGAACCCACCCACCCACACCAGGAAACAAAAGAUAGUCCGAGAUGACGUCGAAAAAGCUAAAACUUGCAUUGAUUAAAACGGCCGACCAGUUAACUGAAGCGGUCUGGUCGCCACCUGUCGACUUACGCCUCUACCAACAAUACGCUAAAGCUAUAUUUGACCAAAAACGUGAUCGAGAUGACAACGCACAAGAGUGGACCAACACGGUGGCACAAGCCACCCGCUACCUCCUCGAGCUCCAGCAGGACACUGCGGAGACCAGCAAGGCGCGCAUCAAAAAAGAGAGUCCGGCGCACCUGCAGGGCCUCCUCCUUUCGGAGCCGCCGCGCAAUGUGGACGCCAUUGAAACACUGGCCACCCUAAUCGACCACCCUGACACCACCUUCACCACGCGAGUCAUCACAGGGUUUAACGCUAUCGCCAAUGGUGAUACCACGGGAGUCUGGAAAGCCAAUCACACCCCGUUUAUCCGGGAAUCAGAAGUGGCCGACUUCUACAAGAAGGCCAUCCGUCUCCGCGCCACACCACCAGAGUUCGACGAUGACCUUCUCCAGGCAAUCAUCGAUAUCAUAGAACAGGAUACUCAAAAGGGACGGCAUAACAUAAGGAGAUCACCCGCGACCUGCUCCAAUGCCAACCUGCCACUGCUUUCCCUAAGGAUGAAUCCACCGAGGAACGCCGCACAAUCCGGCUUCUCAUCGACAACCGCGCCAAGAAUAACUACUGCCGCACACAAGAAAGACUAGAACUACACGGCACCCGGAAGAUUCGAGAUCUCAUCGGCAUCUACAUGACGCCAACCGGGAAGGAGCACACUUACAUCUCCUCACCACUUGGCCAGACGCGCAAGGAAACCCAUGCACAUACGCAACAAGAACUGGCAACGGCGGCGGCAACGGCCACCCUGCCAGAACCACAAGAAUCCCGCACGGCCCUCGCGGACCGCCUGUCUGCUACCCUCACCUCCCUCAGCCAGGAUGUGGCACAUCCGCAGACACCACCGCCAGAGAUGGCUUCCGAUGAUAUAUCCGAGGCCUACUACCUCUUUGGCAUCGACGACCCCAAAAGUUGCCCCAUAACGGGGUAUGACCCAAGGCAGCGGGCAUACCGGUUCUGGGUCAGCUAUGCGCUCAAUAUGGGCGCCGAAACCUCCGUCCCGGCAUUUUGCCGCCUCUCGGAGUUACUAAUGGCCAUCUGCAUCUACUUCAAAGUCCCAGUGUUGGCCUACAUCGACGACCAGAACUACUUUGCCACAACAACGCAGCAAAUCUUUGCUGCGAAGACUUUCAUCCACCAGCUGGCAGCAUGCCUCGGCCUGCCGCUUUCCAAAAAACCGGCUGCGGACCAGUCUUCAGCCAAAACAGACACCCUGAAGGCCUUGGGCCUCAUCUACCACUACACUAGAUCAGUUGACGCCACCCUUCUCACGCUUAUGCUGCCAGCUAACUUCUACAUCAAGCUCACGAAAGCGCUCGACACCACCCUCACGCAAAUCAAAAGUAAGUCACUCGUCCUCAAAGACCUACAGAAGCUGGUCGGACUGGCGACCUUCGGCACGCAACAUACCCGGUCGAAGAUCGGCACCGAACUGCUCCGCCCGCUAUACAAAUGGCUGGGUGAGUCACUCUCUCACACCCUCAAGAAAUGCAAGAAGCGCCGCAGCAUGCUCCGCAUCCACGUUGUGGCGCUGCAACACCUCUUGCCGACCCUACCGCGAACCAUCCACGGCAAGACAGCCGCACGAAUUACGCAGUCUUACCUCGCCACGGAUGCGUCAUCCGAUCGUGGACCCGAUGGGCAACCCGUACUAGGUGCCUUUCACAUUAACGCACAGGGAAAGCGCCAAGCAUUCGCUCUAUUAAUCGACCGCCAGCACAUCGAGAACGUCAUCGGUAACACUAUCCGCAUUGAAGUCCUCGAAGCAGUGGCUACUUACCUCGCCCUCACCACCUGGGCAACCGCGAACGACCUCGUGCACAUCUCCCUCGACAACGUCACCCAACUCUACGCGCGCGCGAAGAUGGCUGCAAAAUCAUCACACUUGCUCAACAUCAUCACCAAAUCCGCCCUGCGCGCCGCCUCAGCCGAGCAGCGCACCUUCUACCGCUAUGUCAGCACCCACUUCAACAUAGCGGACAUCUUCUCGAGAGAAGAUUGCGCCUCCUUCCGCCACUUACUGGCUGAAGUCAUCGAAGUACGACAACCAAACUGGACAGUUGUACUUAAAACCCUCAACCAGAACGCACUGCCACCGGAGGUUACGGACUCCGGUCCCGAUACCCGAAAGGACACACAGCCUACCCCUCUUCCAGCACCACCAUGUGAUAAUCAACCACCCACAAAAAAGCAACGCAAGUAAAUGACUGUCUCCUUAACCCAUGGUCUCACCGUGAGCAUGCCCAUAGGCAGGUAGCUUAGAUGGGAACAAUGAUUAUUGAAGCGUCAGCGUGUUGCACACCAAAGAACUAGAAGCUUCUGCUGCCUUUGGCGACAGUGAUCCAAAAAAGGGAUCCUGACACUCGUGUUCACCCACGCCCUCCUAGAGGCUUUCACUGCUGGAAGCAGGAAGCGAGCCAAAUGAUCGGUAGCAGUGAGUUCUAAUGUAGUGUAACACUUUUGGCUAGAAGUAUUGGUCUCGCGUACUUCUUAUUCUUCGGAUUGUAUACUGGAACACGAUAAGCGUGGCCCUUCCUUCGACGUUACUAUACUUGGCUUCUCGUCGGCCUUCUGCCUCGGCAGUGUCGUGGCCCAUCAGUGCAGCCGCGACCUCUGGCCUGGUCGUUCCAUCAGCGUCCCGAUUGUCUCCCCCCUCUCAACAGGGUGCGCGUACGCGGUUGCUAUCAGCUGGCCAGCACAUACUGCGCAGCGCGUGCCCAUCGUGUAGAUGUCGUCGUCGUACCUCAGUGCCCAACAGUUUGGCGAACGCGGAUCGUCGUAGUUGUCGUUCUCGCACCUGGAUCGCAAUAGAUACCCUCGACACUGUUGACGAGGGCGGUCCCCUUGUCAGUCUGCCCUUUCUUGGUUUCAUCUCAUACAAACGCCUGGGCCGCUCCUACAGAGACGCACGCACCUGCACGCAUCUACAAGCCCCCACACUAGUCCGAUGUCGUCCCGCACCUGCACGCCUUGCGGUUCCCCCUGUGCCAGUGCAUCGCAUGCGCCCGAGAACCCGCCCGGGUCUAUCUGUUCGAAAAGGCUUACGGCGUCACAAACGGCGCGAUACCCUCCACCUACUCCCCAGCCACAUCGCGCACAGCUGCCUUUGCUGGACGCCUUCACAGUGUCGAACUCCCGCGGAGCUUCUUCCCUUGGGCUACCCUUUGCAGCACAAUGGCUCCACUUCGUUCGCACAACAUCAAUCAUGGGCGCCCUUGCCUUCUUGAUUUUCCCCUUGCCGUGGUUUGAGAAGACUCCAUGGAGCGAGACUACUCUCCGCGCGCAGAAAUGUGGCGGCCCUUCGUGCUUGUCUUUCUUUCCUCUCUGAAGCAUGGUAGCGCAGUCUUUGAUGCUUCCGCGUAUCCAUCUGGAGACUCUUGCUCUUCGACUUGUCGUCUUGAAUCAAUCCCGUGCGCCUUAGCUUUUCCGCCUCUUCCAUCUUGUGUGCAGUGCUGUCUACCGUGUCUUUCUCUACCUCCUGGCUGUUUACCUCGAAGGGGUCGCUGCUCUCUGAGAGUUGUGGGCUUCUCUUGCAUCGCUGUAGCAUUUUCUUUAGCUCUGACUUUAGUCGGAUUUCGAAGAGGGGUCUUACUGGUCAUCAUUCUUGAAGGGGGAAAGUUGGAAUUUCUCUGGUUUACUAACGCGGAAGCAAUUCGCGGCGGCAGCUUGGGGCGCAGCUUUCUUCGGUGGGCCGUUUGAACGUGCGGAGCGCUCUCUGCUGGGGCGUGACUCUACAUUGUGGCCCCGAAAUUGCGAGGGUUGAGCAGUUGCUGAAUGGCGUCGCUGUAGUGAAGUUCUCGAGCUGGCGCAAAAUGCUUCCAGGGAAAGGCCUGAACGAAGAGGACCAGGCGAAGCUACUCGGACGGAGAUACUGGGCAUGCUCUGGGGGUUGCGACGUCAGGCAUAGAGGUUUUUGGGUUUUCUCGCCUUCGUCUUCUUCCUUAUUCGCUAUCCGACUUGGGCGGGCCGCUCUCCUUGUCGCAGUACCUUGAGAGGGUUCGCCUGUGCCCACAAGAGCAGGCGGACGCCGGACAGGACUUGCCUUGAAGCUCAAAAACAUCAUGGAAGUGGUGCCUUGAUUGUUAGCACAGUGUCGUCGGUCGCUCGCCGACUGCCUUCGGCUUUUUCUGCAACUGCCUCAAACUCAAAGUGCCUAGUACUGCGAAAAGGCGCACGAAUUUGCCUCGAAGGGCCACAGGGGAAGGCGUGGGCUCAUAGUUGUAAACGAGGCCGCGCGGGAUGAGCGCUACCUGCUGAGCAACCCCUUACGCACGCUGAAGCCGCUGCCACCAUCGAAGCCCAUGGCCCUCGUGGAUGCUUACAAGGAAGAGGCCAAACUGCCACAGGCUCGACUGCCUUGCUUCUGUUGUAGUGAGUGAGCAUGUGAAAGGGGCGCUGAGCUGGGACAAGGCGAGAGCGAUCAUGAAAGAAGCAGGGGCACUGUAGUACAGCGCGGCGAUUCAAGACGGAGGCAGAGCUGCGCGGGGAGCUUCGUCUAAAAGUAUUCGAAGCACGGCGCGGGACUAAGGAGCGCGCUGCGGAACAGUUAGCGCAACGCUUGAAAAAGAAGCAGCAUGAGGAGGCGAGGAAACUUGGCCUAGGAGUGAAACCUUUCGCGACUAAUUCUGAAAACCCCGGCGGCCUGAUCACGAGCAGGGAGACCUGCAGCCAAGUAGCCGACAUCGUGCGCGCUGAUGUGGACCACUUCGCCGCGGAAUCUGUCAAGCGUCUGGCGCUGCCAAAGGAGAGGGCGUGGAACUUGUUGCGGGCUGCGGAGUCUAGACUAGUGGCCCCUUUCUUCCGUGUUUUUCACUGGCAGGCCUAGGCCAUCCAUCGCGCCACGCACCUCGCCAGAGCUCACCAGAACGGAGCCACUGUGUGUGGCGGGUUGCUUCUCGUUAGAACUCCAGCUGCUGGCUUUUUCCAAGUCUAUGCGCCACUACGCGUCUACGCGCUGGCCAUCCAUGGCGGCGAUGAAGCCUUGCGAGCUCUUGGGCGUCGUGCGCGCAAUUCCAAUGGCCGGCGUGCAGAGCGGCGGCGCAGUGCUUUGGAAGGCCAGAGAGUGCGUCGGGCUCUCCGUCUUUGCACUUUGCACUUGCAGCAGGUGGCGAGGCUUUUUCUGUGCCACCAGCUUCAGCGCGCUCUACCUCCGGAGCUUGCCUCGAGCUCGAGGUGGACUCCAUUCUGUCGGCAGGGGCGAUGUGCUUUUUGCCGUAUGCAGCGCGUUUAGCUACCCACCGGCACAGUCAAGAGGUGUGGGCGGGGGACUCGCACUCGCGACCAGACUCGCCGGCAGGUCAGCAACAUUCGUGCACAGAUUCGGCAACGCUGUAGCCUCGACUUCAGUGGAGCCGUGCAGAAUGUGUGUGCCCAUGAAAAUCAUGAGGGGCCAGCUGAGGGAACAGGCAAGGCGGGAGCUAACAGCGGCUCGCGCAGCAGCAGACGCGGCACUACAGCAAGGAGAAGAAGGCGCCCAUGAACAAGAAGGCAAGGAGAUCGACGACGCGGGCAAGGGCCUUAGCGCUUCUCAGGCUGAAGCCCGACUGCAGGGCACGGGCACGGCCGUGGCGUUCUACAAGCUGCUGAUGCUGACGGAGGCCGCCAAUGGACUGGGGGCGAAGGCGUCUCACUACGUUGACUUUCUGGCGGGUGUUUUUAUUCUUGAACAAGAAGGCGGCGGCGGGCAGUAGUUUGAUGCUUGCGGCUUUUGCCUCGGUUGACGUGAUGCAGAACAUUCGCCACGCGCGCGAAGAUGCGAGCGGUGUGCUGUCUGAUUUUCUGCCGGUCGGCGCAAGCAGGUGCCUCUCUCCCCCUUGGCUUCGGUUUCAGUAGUGACGUUCUUCUCCGGUUGGUCUGUGGGAUUAUCUAGGACUUUGCGUGGAUGAUGUUGCGCCUUCGUGUAUGUGUUUUCCUCGUGAGCAGCUUGCUUUUUAUGGUUUUCGAUUGGAUGGCUAGAAUUUCUCGACUUUUCAACAUCGUCGGCCUGUGUUCACCUCGAGGAAGAUGACAGGACGGCGAGGAACUCACCACAGCGGCAACCUUUCUGGUGAAAGACCAAGACGAGCACAACACCCCGCUGGGUGGCACUACAACGCCGGGCAAAGCCUUCAGGCACGUAAUUAAAUCCGCACCGCCCGCGCCGGAUCGAGGCUACCCAAGUAGAGGCGGCAAGACUGGAGGCUUGCCGCAGUUGGCGGAAGCUGCCUGCUGGCUUCUGAGUGCUCUGACUUCUACGCCGGAAAGUUGAAGCGUGCACCAGCUGCCUCGCUGUUGACGUGGAAGCGCUGCGGGCGCUUUAAGGCCAGACUAGUCGUCCCUGGCAACCGUUGGCAAGCGGGGGCCAGCCUGGGCGCUUCGCGCUACGCGAGCGCCGUGCCGCACCUUGGAAACCGAGUAGCGCUGAUAUCUGGUGUUGGCGAAAAGGAAACGGCCGGCGAGGGCUUUGACAUUGGCAACGCCUUCACCCGAGCAAGCACUCAGCACCGCAGCGCUGUAGCCUCGAUCCCGAGCAGUUCUGAGAUGGCGGAGAAGACGACGGCCGGCGUCUUCUCUUGGGAGCCUUAUAUGGCCUCCUGAUCUCGCCAAAGCUUUGGGGCGAGCGACCGGAUCGCCAAAGAUCUUCGACUUCGUAGCCUGGGUUGGACUGAGGCAGCAGCCGGGCUGGGUUUGUGGCGUAAAGUCGACGCUAGCGGUGAGCUGGUCCGUCGCAAUUUUGGCCAUCUACGUCGGCGACCUUGUGGCGAUUGUGAAGACGGGUCAGCUGGUGGAUGGGUUGGCUUCCCAGGUGCAUAGGCUGCACCUGGGCUGGUCACGAUGAUCAGCGUGGAAAAAGCACCGGAAGAAGCUGAGCUGCCUGGCAUUGUGGAGUUUGGCUGGCUCAGUGCAGGCUGCAGCUACUCCAAACAGCAUGGCGCCUUGCGUAUCAAGAUGCACGCCGACGCUGCAAAAGUGCUGAAGAAAUUUGCCAGGCAUUUUCAGAGGACUCCGCCUGCUUAGCUUUGGACUUCGUUCGAGGAGGGUCCGGCGUGCGACGAAAGCGCUACCCCCUCCAGCUUCCCGCGCAGAGCACUGGCCAGGGCGCUACAGUGGUUGGCCGUGACGGUGCGCCCUGGUCUUGCAGCAGCCGCGUACGAGCUAGCGAGCGCAGCGGCCAACACGAUCGGCAAAGUGAUGGAAGCCGCUGGGGGUGAAGUGCUUCGCCGUUUGGCUGGCACCAAGGGCGUUGCCUGGCGUUGAGUAUUCGCCUGGAGCUGGGCAAAAUGUCUACCGGGGUCAAUCAUCCUGACAACAGCAAGCGCGGCCAGAAAUGGCCCAGCCACCCCGCUGCCGCUUGUGGGGCGCGUCGUUUGUCUCAACCUGCCGCGCGUUGAAGAGUGUCACCGGUGUGAUAGUCUGUCUCUUUGGCUGUCCAGUUGCUUGGAAAUCUACGCCCUUGAGCGUGACGGCACCGCACAAGACUAACAUGACGGAGGCAGAGUGGGUAGCAUCCAGCAAGGCCAUCGAGAUGGCGAAGGGCUGCGUCUCUUGCUGCAGUUCCUCUGAGGUAGAACCGAACUAGAGCAAGCAAGAGACCAAGGGCUUGGUGUUGGUGCUGUCUUAUGUGGCUGUGGCAAUCGUAGCGCGGUCUUGUCAGGACGCAAACCGCGGCAAGAACUCAACAGGCCAACGAGGCGCGUCGCGAUUACCUUACGCGCGGCAAAGUCCUUGAACACGGAAGCCGCGCCGUGUUUGUACCCACGCAAGAACAACGUGCUGGCGCACUGACGAAGGCCGCGAAUGUUGAGGCGCCUCGGAUCAUCUUCCCACAGGGAAGCAAGGGCAGCGAGGCGCCUGAAGUGCAAGAGGGGGCUGACUCGGUGGCUUGCCUCCUCGCGGUCUUUUGGCUUGUUGAUUUGUGCCAAAAGGCCAAAGUAGCAAGGUUUUGGAAAAAUAAAUGGCCCUUAGGAGCAAGUCUCGAAUUCUGUGGCCAUGAAGGCUGGCGCGUCUGUUGCUCUUGUCGUAAGCGUAGCUGUCUGCCGUAGUUGUAGUAGGUUGGUAGGCUUGUGCUUUGGCUUACAGGGUGGCUCUGAUGAUGAUGAGGCCCGCACCUUUGACGAAAUUGGCCCGAGCAUAAUUAAGAGUCCAACACGUAAACCACGCGAGCGCGACCACUUUCAACGCUACAAACACAGUGGCGGCGUGGGCGAUACCAUGCACAGCAACAGAGUGAGAAGACUCUGGCCAUUUUCUUCGGCUAUCUAUCUAGUCUACCCACAGACAUACUGGAGCACCUAAAAAACAGGGGUAGGCGUAGUCUUCUUGCUUGUUUCACACUCCAGCACAUGUAAGCGCAAAAUAGGCGCGCCCAACUUUGGUAGUUUUGGUUGGUUUAGUUUGUCUGAUUUUCUGGCUUUUGGUGCACGAUGUUGCAUCGAAGGGGGGAAUGUCAGGCCGACUGAGUCAGGGCGCCCCCAUGAUCCUGCAGGCCCUUGCUCUUACUCUCUGGCGUCGCUUCAGGCUGUGAGAACUUAGAAAUUUGGUCGAGUGUUCAUGACCUGAAGAAAACAACGCGAUCCCGAUGCAUCAAUGGAAAGCUGCUGCCCUGGUUCCGUGGUUGUGGUAUCAUGCAUCGCGUCAACUUGAAAGACCAGCGCGUGAGCCUGUGAAGAUGAAAGAUUUGCAUGCCCAUGGAAUCUGCAGGAAACUGCAUGCAACGGCGAUAGCUUAAGGCGUCACCCCUUCGGUGAUGGUGCUGCAUCCGUGCCAGGAUUCCACUACCAAACGCACAGGCCUAGGUAGUCUUGUCAGACUGGCAAGGGCUCCGUAAGGGCAUUAGCUUGAUAAGCUUAGCGGCCAGCGCUUCGACAGCAUCGCGCCCCAAUAUCAACGCGCUUCUUUUGUAAGUAUACAGUCUAGCUUUUUGGUUUGUUUGUAUUGAUGCGCCCCGGGCAACGCGCACGUUCUCGCCGGAUUUCUUUGCGCUUCGUGUGUUUUGUGCUAUGGUCGCCGUUGCGCCUAUGGUGUGUCGAGCCUUGUCGGCCAGGCGUUGCCUUCUCGUCGCCGCCGGCUAGGGCGUGCCCGCUAUGCAGGAAGCCACUCUUCUUACUUUUUUAUCCUUUCCAAAAGCGUCUUCAUCCAUCUGCAGGGGAUUAAGCGUCUGCGUAUGUAAUCGUGAAGAUAUUGUAUGGCUACUACUAUCCAUCUGCAGGUGAGAAAAUCUCGAAGCAGACGACCCCAAGUCCAAACCCGGGGACCAGGGACUUAGACUCAGAACAGCGACUCAAGGAGGCUUUAAAACAGGGACUCGAGAAAUUAGAAAAGCUCGAAGAGCAAAAGGCUGACUAUGAUGCGGCAAGUACUAAUUGGCUAUGGUUUGUCGAGUAAUGAAUUUCAGUUUGAAACAUCGUUAUCCUUCUCAGCAAGUUUUUUUCUGUAUACAGUCACCUUUAAGAACUUCUUCUAGUUAGGGCUCCACCUGUCUGUACACGUGAUCGCUAAGAAAUUUUAUGGAUACUACUUUGCAAUUACCUUUUGUUUCCAUUUCCAAGAGGACAUCUCUCUAAAAGAUUUGCAACGCUAUCAAACACAAAAAACACUUUUCCUUACAAAUCAAAAAUUUUCAUUUAGAAAUUAAGUACGUAAGCUAUUUAAACUAGCUACUUUAACUACCUAAUUUACCUUCUAAAUCAAAAUUUUUCGUUAUUAAGUAUAAUAGAAUAUUUUUAGUUUAUAGACGGUGGGAAGGUGGGCACGGUGGGCGACGCUGGGCCGCUGGGCGGCCACGCUUGGCACGGUGGGUGGACCCUCGGCACACAUGGGGGGCACGGUGAGCGCACGCUGGGCGCGUAUAGCGUUGCCCCGCUGCUUCCGCCAAUGUACAGGGCCGCAGUUGAGGGCGGCGCGGCGCUGCGCGGCUUUGCGGAGUGGCCACGUUCCUGCUGCUUGCGGUGCUUCGCUGCUGUAUGCAGUGCUGCUUGGGUGUGUAGAGUGCGGCGCAGCGUUGCAGUGUGCCCCAGUGCUCUGCUGCAGUGUGCGGCUGGCGCUGCUGAGGGAUAUUCCCAGGCGGGCCAGUAGGUGGGCGCCCCGAUUCGUAUGCAGCUUACUGCGGAUCCAGGGUGCAUGCGCUUACCUUGCCGGGGGGCUUCAGAAAUGGGCGCCCGAAAGGUGCCUCGAUUUUUGACGCCAAGUCUCAUGGUGGGCGCACGGUAGGCGAAAUUUUUCGCAGAAGACCCACUUUUGGGCCGCCCAGCGGCCCAGCGUGCCAAGCGUGCCCACCGAUCCAAUUCUGGCGAGGGAAUAUACUUAAACCUUCCUAGUAUAAGCACUUCUUUUUGUUUGAUAAGCGUACGCUUUCCUUUUUUUAUUCUUUACAAAAGCAUCUUCAUUCAUCUGCAGGCGCCGACAAACUCCCGGACGAUUUCAAACAGGAACUCAUGAAUUUAAAAGAGGCAAAGACCAAGUUCGACGAGGCAAAGACUGCCCAUUAUGAGGCAAGUAUUAAUUGAUUAUGGUUUGUCGAAUAAUAUAUGUCAAUUAUUUGAAGCAUCGCUAUCCUUCUCAGCCAGUUUUUUUUGUAUACAAUGACUCACCUUUAACUCCUAGUUAGGGCUUCACAACUACAUACUAGCAGUCGCCUUUUACUUGUCCAAUAUACAUAGAAGUAGAAAAGUGCAACUUCAUCUUUCUUGUACGUUCAAGGUAAAGACCUGGAACGCUUCGAGCAGAGAUUCUCGACAAAAAGCCUCGAAGGUGGAAAAUCGCAAGGAAAAGAAAAUCUCGUGAAACAAGAACAAGUGGAGAAAAUCGGGUACGAUUCGCAAAGCAUGAGCGAACGCAGGCAGCCUCAUGACGAAAAAACGUAUCUGGACCAAGACAUGCAACGCGACCCAGGGUGGCAGACCUUAUGGCUGCGGGAAAUUCAGCUCCAAUGCUAAUAGGUCACAUCAGAGACUAAAACAAGAAGAUAAGCUUACCCGGAUGAAGGUAUCUGAGAUGCAUUUCCUUAGUACCACUCUAAAAGGAGCAGAUGGCUUGGUUACAGAGAAACUCAAGGAUUUGAAAAGGGCGACGAAAGGGUUCAUCACGGCAAAAAAAAAAGGUAGUUGAUUUGGCUAAUAUCUAUCUCUCAGUCUAAUGUUGAAGCAAAUCACAAAAGUUUUCUAGAUUUUGUGGUCUUUGUCUCUACCCAUGAUCUCGAACAUCUUCGCUUUGCACUGAGUGACACAGGAGGUUAUGAUUUAUGUUCUCAAAAAAGUACAGAAAAAUGCCUUUCCCUCGUUGAUACUCAAGAAGUUUAUUCCCUUUAACUCUCCUCAAAUCCAUACGCAGUGUUGAACGCUAGGAAGCUUUCGGAUUUGCGGAAUUUGGCGACGGAUGCAGAAUUUCUAAGAAUACGCAGGCCCAAUCCGUCCAGCCCCAGCGAACAAGAUGUCUCUCCCGCAACGGUUAUGCAUCAUCUUAAGCAUGGGCAUAAAGAUCGUCGCCCUACCAGCACUAGAACCUACAACGUAACGACUCACGAACAAACAUCAUGAUCAAGGAAACAACAGGAACAAGAAGAUCAACACGACAGCAACAGCAAGGUCAUCAGCAUCAAGAUCAUCAAAGUCAAAGUAUCAAGAUUCCUAAGGCCUUUAGCGUGUGCAGUAGCUGAGUACUUAGAUGAUGAAAGUAGACGGUCGCGAUCUAGUUAGCCUAGUUGGAUGAAGGGCGCUGAGCCUGAGGGACCUGCAAGAAAAUACAACAGCAAAAGCUAGCUACUUUGUCUUCUCAUUUUUGCCCUGUGCCUGUGCAGGUUACCACCAGUCACAGGGCAUGGGCGUCAUCGCGGAAGGUGUUGAAGGACAUCAUCCAGAACCGUAGCCAUUCGGCUACCCUAUGCAUUUUCUAAGUUUCUUGCUCCUCUGAAGGCCGCAGCAGCUGCAGCAGACGGCUACGACUACUGGGACCUGGUAUGGGCCUGACACUUUACUCGACUGCUUUCGCAAUGGUCAUCGGUGUAAACUACUCCGCAUUCGCAGUCAUCUUCUGGAUAGAGUCAGCAGCGCUGUUCUACUAUAACGCCCCUUCUUGGAGUUCAAGUUCUUCGUUCACAUGUGAUGUGUAUAGAUGAACAUUUUUUUUCGAGAAAUUCUAACCCUACUUCACUGAUUUCUCAUUUUUAUUAAUUUUAUACUCACUCACAGGUAUCCGCGUUCAUGUAUGCCGUAUCUGAUCUUGGUGAUCAUGGUAUUGCAGAACCAGCUACUCCACCUUCGGAAAUUGUGAUGCCCAGUCGAAAGCCCGUCAGGGCCACGAUCAAGUAACAAUUGGAUUCUUCUAUUUGCUUACUCACUGGACUGGGAGGUGCGAGUUAGGGGCAAACUUGUGAGAACCAUUCUUCUUGAAAAAAUGAGCAUUCGUCUUGUAUCCUUUCUUAUCUUAUUUAUUCCCACUCUAGCAAGUCAUGGGCAUUAGCGCUGUGGUCACAAGAAUCCCUUUCACCAUCCUCAUCCUCCUCCCCAUCCCCGUCCUUCUUAUUCUUGUCAGCUUUGCGAACUUCGAGGAGGCACUGGCAAGUAAUAUCUUUAACGAGCGGCUGCCGAGUGCGAACCUAGGAAUCACGCAGAAUAUCCCAGGCACAUAUCUACCUUUUUACAAUUUCGCUUCAAAAUUCGAAGAAUUCCGCGAAACGCUGAGGGCACGUCCAUCUCAGGAUGUUGAUAUCAAAAUUUCCGGCAGUUCCUAUGAAUUUUAUAUAGGAAAUGAUGAAAAUCAGUUUGGUGUUCGUUUGGGUCAAUUGGCUACAAAAGAGGUCGCACUGCUCGUUGCCUUGGAUGUCCUUCGUCCAGUUCAACAUGAUUUUUCAGGCGAAUCUGAUCAAUCUGAUACUGAUUCAUCCGCUUUUUCAGACACACACAGAAGUGUUCAGCCUGAAGAAGAUGAUGCUCCAGAAGUGGAACGGUCUUAG